AGAGCGAGUGGGCAAGAGGAAGGGGAAAAAAAACUGCAGUGUGUGAGUGUGUGUAGUUUUCAUCCCUCCCCUGAGCAGAUCUUUAUCAAUUUGUGUACUCCAGUCUUGGGGUGCGUUUGAAUGGGUGUCUGUGUGUGUAGAUGUGGUGGAGUUUACAAGAGGACUGAGUAAAAGGUGUGUCUAGAGGGCUCUCUGACUCCUGACUUGUUCAUGCUGAAACUGGAAAUAAGUAAGAGAAGAUUGAUUCUUUUUCUCUCUAUCCCAAAGUGUCUCGGAGCCUGAGGAGACGUGGGAGAGCUCGGCAUCCAGAGGAGAGCAACCUGCACGAAAGGUAAGCUGCUGCGCUCCGGGCAUGCUUGUUUUCCUCUCACUUCUGAAGUUGUUUUUUUUUUCCUCCUCUUUUUUUGUUUGAUGCUCUGGCUUUCUUAUCAUCUUCUCAAUCUUAGACAUGCACUUCCCCUUCGAAUUUACAUGGAGGAUUUUUUACUUUUUUGCUUUUUUUACAUGAUGAAGACUUGACAGACAAGCAGAGGGAGAGGCAGAGGGAUAGAGAGAGGGAGGGAGAGAGAGGGAGGGAGGGGGAAGGUUAGUGCGGGACUCCCUGAUGCUUCUAGGCAAGUUUCUGUGCACACGGUUCUCUAGUGCUGCAGUAUCCCAUUACAUCCCAGAGUGGAGCUGCCUCAGCAUCCAGCCAGAGCGAGUCAAAUCAUCUCCUAGCUUUCUAAAAUCUCCAUUUUGAACUUAUCCGUCAUCCCCACUUGGGAUAAAAGUAAAGUUUGCUCCCUUAUGCUGCAAAUUCACUCUGAUAAUCUCAGCAUGGCAUUGAGACUACUGCAACCCAUUUCAGUUCAGUCAAGCAUGCUCUCAUUUUGUAUUGGGGGGUAUCAUAGGGGCUGCUUAGAUAACAGACUGAAUUGACUCUCAUAGCGUUUGAGCCGCGUGAUGAGCUUUUUGUGUUGUUUAUCUGCUGUUCUGGGACUUCCUUUGACUCUGAGCCUGCAGCAAAAGUAGGCUCUCUGAUUGGGCGAAAACGGCUUAGUGACUCCAUCGCCCAGAAAAGAAGCAGAAAACAUAGUGUGUCAUGUUUGCGCGCUUUUAUGAGGAGUACUUAUUCGCCAAGGAUAUGUUUCGUUAUUCUUAGACGAGCUCAAACAACACAAGAGAGUGACGCUUUGUUUGUUUUGAUAGUGAAGGACAGGUGAUUCAUCCUCGCACAUCUUUGUUUUGGUUUCUUGGUAUGCAUUAAUUAUCAGCUUGCACUGUUUAUUCAUUACAUCCCACUGCCUUUUCAGAGGAGUCUGACCUUCAUCAUUUGUGAAUGGAGAUAUGAUACUGUCCAGCAGUGGGCAGUGUGUGUUUUCUCUGCUUGAUAAUGUCUCUCAAACACUGGCCUGCUGCUGCAGCAUGGGAGGAAAUAUGGAAGGACUUAGUGUGUUUUUGUGUGGGCAUGCUGUAAGGCAUCAAGAUGAUGAGUACAGCAUGUACUUGUGUUUACGUGUAAAAGAAAAAAAGCUUACACUUUUCACCUUCAGAUCGGAGUUGAAGGCGAGAGAUGUGCACGAACCCGGGCAGAAUCCUUGAUCCCGCUAACUGGUAUUAAAUUGUGUUUUAAAUUAUUCAGCUGUGAGUUAUAUGCAGGGAUAAAGAGGGAGCCGAGGAGGAGAUGUAACUCAUUUCAGCACCACGGACAGAGCUCAGAGCUGAGGCUUUUGAUAAGCCUUUCCCUGGGAUAGUCUGAAGUAUGGCAGUGAUCAGUUUUGAGGGUUUGGAUGAUAGUUUUAAGGCGUAGCUGUUUCUCAAGAUGACCUAAUAAACAGCUUCGGAACAAAUGUUUCUUAGUCUCCAUUUUAGAAGUCAGAGAGCAAAGCACACCCAUUUCGAGCCUUUUCUCUUUAAGACACGAGGAAAACACUUUCCAUUAUUCAUGCACUUCAUCUUUUUAUAGAACACAGUCCAUCUUAAAGAGAAAAAUGUUCGGUGCAGACAUGCUGAACACUCGUCUUCUGUCUGUUUCCUCUGUGCGUCCCAUGUGGGAGUCUUUCUUUUAUCUUAAAGACAUCUAUGUGACAUCUAUCUUGUUUCCUGUAAACCAAUUAAGAGCGAAUUGAAGAGGUGUUUGGAAACACUGUCAGUAGAAUCCAUGAGGAGCAAGUGUAAUGACAGCAACCCGGACAUUUCCAACACCUGCUGUCACACCAAGCUUUGUUUCAUGUCAUGGUUGAGAGCCACCAGGAAAGAGUCUCUGCAGGAUGCAGCCGGCACACUGAGAAUCUCAUUCGAAUUGCAACGAUCAGAGACCUCAGCUCCGUAAUGGGAAGAGGAAAUGAGACCCCCCCCCCACUGCUUAGUAGAAAUUAGCCAGUAUCUCAAUUAAAGACAGAGGCAGAGUGCGAGAAAUGGAGGUGGAGGAGAUUCAACCAAUUUGGAUGAGAAAAGCUGGUUUAAAGACAGAGAUCUGCAGCCUUUGAUUCAACUCUUGAUUCAGGUUUUUCAGUCUGAGCAUGUGCAGUGUCGGUUGAGGAUUGCUAGUUGGAUGAGCAACUUCCCUUUAGAGAGAGGUCACUGUGAUAAAUAUGCACGUUAACUCUUUCCUUGAGGGAUUGGGAUUGUCAUCGGUCAUCCUGCAUGUAUGACACCGUCUGUCCCAGGCGGUGCAACAUGGGCGUUGAGUGUGCCCCCAUAAAUAAUGGUGUAGGCAGCACAGCAGAGAAGCGAGGGCUGCUGUCAGCGUGACAGACGACAGUUACAAACAGUCCUCAAACUCUCCAUGUCAGGACGAGGAGAGGUGCUGGGAAAAAAGGCACCAAACAAGCUGAAAUGGGGUUUGGGUUGCACAGAUGGUAAGAGUGCAGAUGUUGAAGGUGAGGAUAACCUCGUGAGGAUACUGUGAUAAAUACAGCAAAUGUGUCGAAGGACAGCGUGUGUUCGUGAGUGUGUUCCUUCACCACAAUCAGCGAGAGAGCACUUUAUCACGCUCUCCAGGGAAAGGUUACAAUAUUAUUCUAUGAUGCAUUUGUGUAAAUGUGUUUCUCACUGUGCAUGUGAGAGUGCACUAGAGUUACAGAGGGCAGUGGAGUUAAAAUGAAGAAUCCAGGAGACGGCAUUGGACUCUUGGGCUCACAGCCAGCCGCGAAGAGUGUGGAGAAAAAAUGUGCACGAAAAGGACCAAAGCAAUGAGGAGAAAGUGAGGAGAAGAUGGCAUGACAAAUGAUAUCAGUACGGGCGAGAGAGGGCGAGAGAAAGCGCGAGAGAGAUUGAGAGAUUGUCAGAGGCAGAGCAAGAAUGGAAGAGAGUGGGUGUGCAUAGCAGAGCUACGAGCACUGCAGUACAUUGCGGUGCCCAGCCCCCGCUGUGUUCUCUGCUCGCCAUCCGGUUCCAUGCACUGAAAAGACCCCUGCAGCAGCCGCGCUGCACAGUGCAAAGAGGGCUGCCUGUUGACGAACGGCAACCUCACAAAGAGCUUUUAUUUUGACCCGACAUUGUGCAUCCUGGACUGUUGAUGUUGCACAGAUUUUUAAAGGGGGGGGUGAUGGAAAACACGGUGUUCAUGAGCAAAGAAAAAAGAGAGACCUCUGCCUGCGAGCGCAUUGUAAUGUAGAGAGAGAGGGAGAGAGAGGGGGAGUAGCCAAUUCACGCUCCCCCUGGAUUAUGUAAGCAUACAACACACUCACUUUACCCGAUACCAGCUGAAUGAUAGCACCUUCCCUGGCCAUGUUGUCCUCAUUAGGGACAUCUGCCUCUGUGUUUGCUUUGGUUUCCAGAGGUAGCAUCUUUGCAAACACAUACACGGACUUUAUUGAACUUAUUGAAAAGGAAACAAAAGGGAGACAAACAUCAUGUAGCCUUAAAAAGCUAUUCUGGUUUGACAUCUAGAUGAUGAUGAUGCCUUGUUUGCUUAUUGAGAUAUAAUGAUGCCAUAAAUGACACUCAAAAAAUAAACAGUAUUUAUUUGAUUUGAGGUCAGACAGUGUCAGUAUGUGAGAAUGACUCAGUCAGGACAGCAUCACAGUUCACUUCUGUUCGAUUAGUUUUGCAGCUUUUGGCCUGAUAUUCAAAUACCCCCUCCACGAGCACAUAAAUACAUGCAUGCAGAUGUGAAAUUUAUCUCCUACAUGUGAAAGCUCGAGGAAACGAAGGAGAAGCUUAUUUCUGCUUCCAUAAACAGUUGCUAAGUUUCCAUCCCACUGCCUGCCUGCGGGCUAGGCGACUGAAGCGUGAGAGCUCCCCUCUUUGUAUGUUCUUUAGUUUCCCUCCUCUUCUUUGCUGAUGUGGCUGAUUCACAUGGUGUUAUGUAUGUGAAUGUGUGUGUCUAUGUCUGUCUGUGUGUGUGUGAGGACUCUCCCUGCUCCUGGUGACAAGUUCUGAUUGUGUCUCUCGCUGUGUUCAGGAGGAGUCGAGUCAAUUACACCUCGCCAGACAGGUGUUUGAGCUGUUAAGUGUGUGUUUGCCUCUCGGUACAUCAGAGUGUGUGUGUGUUUGCUUUCUGAUUUGCAGUGAAAUCAGCAGCAUGGCUUUGAUAACGAUAAAGCACAAAUACUGUAUGCGCUGAUAUCGUGAGUCACGCCGCAACUAAAGAUAGUAACCCGUUAGAAAUACACUCAUUCAGAUGAAAAACACUAUCAGGUGUUUCUGAGCUAAUAUCUUUGUAGCAAGGCUGGAAAAAUGAACAUAUUUGUUGUAAAAAAAAACAGAAAGUAAGAGACUCAUGUACUUGCAUUUGCACUCAGAAUGACUUUUUCUAUAAGUUCAAGUACAAAAAAGAGCAUUUGUCCACUUUCUUUUGCAGCAGCACACUAUUCAAAGGUGGCGCUUGGAGGAAAAUGCUGUCUUUGAGUAUAACCGUGCACGUGUGUGUAAGUGUGUGUGUUUGUGUGUGUAUGUGUGUGGGAGAGACGGAGAGAGUGGGAGAGAAAGCAGCUGAGUAUUGUAGUGUGGGUGAGCUGCAGCAGCAGGGAUCGGAGUGCUGCAUUGAGCUGCAUAAUUAAUGUUGAGAGGGAGGAGCUAGAGGCGGAGAUAACUUGCCAUGAAGAAGAAUCAGCCGCCGGUCUGCUUGAAACAGAGCUACCUCCUGUUUUUUUUUUUUUUUUUUUUUUGCAUGUUUGUGUGCUAUCGCUCUUGGUAGGGGAAUAUGGAUGACAUAUUUUGAUGCAAAACCAAGGAGGCACACCGGUCCAGCUCUAUGUCCCCGUCCCAUCUGCUCCCUCGGCCCUGACAGCCAAUCACUCUCCAGCGAGCUGCGCAGCACAGCCAAAUGCCUCAAUGCUGGCUGCACGGCUCUGUUAAUCAUCCAAUUUGUAGCAAAGCAGCUUCCUAUAUGACACAUCUGGUGUAACUCUCAUCUGGUCUGUCUGAAUUGGACCAUGAGGAAGUAGGAGGAGGAGGAGUGGCUUUCAUUCUGCAGGAUUGCUGUUAUAUUUAGUCUUUUCACCGAGUGCUUAUAAAAAAAAAGAAGAGAUUAGCUGUAUUUUCACCCUUUUUUUUCUUCAGGGACAAUCUCAAUUAUUCUCCCCUUUGUUUUAUUUUUAAAUGCUGAUUCCCUGCAUUAGAGACAUCUGCCGGCUCAGCCACACAUACAAGCAUUAGGUGUGCACAUGCAUGCACAUGUGUUUGGUGGAGAUGCAGUCAGGGAGUGUGCAGCACCCUGAGAUGAAGAUAAAUGUUUAUGAAGGCAUGUUAUGUACAUUCAGAAUAGCAUUUUUAUAACUCUAUCUGGUAGAUGUGAUAGCAGUGUCAGAGCUGAUGAGUCUGUUUGGUUGUAGGGAUCACAUCUAUACUCUUCUGCUCUGCUUGCGCCUCUGUCAUAAAGCUUUAUCAUCAUUCUUGCCGUUCUGAGUUCUUGACAUUUAUUCUGCUGCAACAUGCCCAUCCUUCACGCCCUCACCGCCCAACACCAAAGCUUUGCACGCUUGUGAAACAGAACCAAAAUGUUUUCCUCUCCUGUCCAUAUGCUGCGUUGAAUCUAUUUGAUUUCCUUUUUCAUUUUUAACUCAAAGCAGAAGCCGCUCUUUGUUGAGACGCGUCUGCCAAAAAAGCUUCUGUGGGGAUCUGUCCUUGUCAAAAAAAAAGGGGGCUGAGGGAUGGCACAGAGGCUUUUGAAAUGCACCCUGUGUCGACUCCAAGCUUCUCAAUACACAGCGAGGAAGCCGGUAAUGACUGCAGUUUCAUUCUGGUCCCUGAAGAGCCACAGAAUCAAACUUAAAUUACAACCCAACAUUAUCAAGUGCAGGUAGAGACUGAUGCAAUUGAACCUCGGAGAUAGGAGCCCCCGAGAGGUGCAAGGGGCAUCCUAUAGCUGCAAUAUCAAGCUUGUUUAAAGGGGAGUGAUUUAAUUUGUCUGAAAAGCAACGUUGACUUUGUGAUAGUCUGCCCACAGUUGUCUUCAGAGUUAUGCCUGCAGGGUGUCAGUGUGUGGAAAAUGUAGUUCAAGGGUUUCGUAUGUAUUUUCUGUAUUUUUCUUCUAUCUAGAGAGGCAUCUGGCAGCGUGAUCGGGAGUUUCUCCUGCUUUAGAGAAUCAACACAGGGUCUCAUUAAAUGUAUUUUUUCCCAUCUCCUGAAAUAUAAAAAAAAAGAGGACAUGUUUGGCUUUCUUUCUGCAGUUCUGUGGGGCUCUGCAGAAGGAGAAGUGAGUUGCCAAGUGAGAGUUUGUCCAUCUGACACUGAUAGUUGAGAGGAGUGCAAACAUCAACAAAAACCUCGAGAAGAUGCUUCAUUUUUUUCCCUGCUUUUAAAAUAAUCCCAGCCUUGAAAUGAGCUUAAACUACAGGUUGCUUUUUAAUCAUUUUAUCUUCUUUUUGUGGUCGUUUCAUCCUACCUGUGAGCCUCUAUCAUCUUUGCUGGUUGUUUGUUUAUGAAGCAGAGGUAUACAAGGACAUGCUUUUCAUCAGAGGAACACUAUGUGAGGCAAUAUCAGCCAGAGGAACAGAAAGAAGAGGGUGGGAGAGAAAGAGGAGGAGGGUGAGGACUUUGUAGCAGAAGCUCAGCGUGAAGGCUGCAUCUUUUGUCUUUGCUGAAGCAGGUGUGUCGGCGAAAGACAGGGUAGAGAACAAAUAAAACCCACCGUGAGCUUUAUAGUAGUACUAAAAUUUGCUUCAUGUUUUGUUGCAGUGAUAAGACCACAUGAACGCAGCUCUACCACAUUUUUAUUAAUAUUAUUUUUUUAUUAUAUGUAUUUUUUUUCAGCUUUUCAAGUAGUGUAACAGUGCACUCCAUUUCCCAAUUACCACCUACUUUGACUUCGAUAAUUCAUGCCAGAGCUGUUGUAAUUUAAACGUUCAAUGAGACAGGAAGUGUAAUGUAAUGGAUGAUCAGCUUACAUUAAAAGUAUAAUGAAUAAAGGGGUGUGUCUGGACAUGUUUUACCAUGGGAACCCUCAGUGUGUGCACUGACUCAUCCAGAGGUGAUAUGAGGUGCGCCCACACAUAUAAAUGGCUGUCUUGUAUCUAUUUCAACUGAUAACAUUCAAGUAUCUGAAACAUGCUAUAUAACUUGGGUGAUUUUAAAGGGAUAUUCCGUCAUAAAAUUUAUUUAGGGUCAAACACACCGUAACACUGAGUUAGACAACCCCUUCGAGAGUUGAAUGUUGCCAACUGCUUCCUUCUCUAGUUACACCAACUUUAGUAUUGACUGCAGGAUAGCAAUACACAGUGGUCUGAGGAGCCAUAAACAAACCUCAACCAAAACUCUACUCUAUAGCCACAAAUAAUGCUCAGAACAGCACCUAACUUCAUCAACAGUACAUAUAGGGUCCCAGCCACAGCACUAGAAACACAACUCACCUACUCUCUUCCAGUAGCCACUUGUUUGUAGUGAGACCUCAGGCCAGUCCAUCACCAACUGCUGUCCGUAAUGGACUGGCCUGAGGUCUCGCUACAAACAAGCGGCUACUGGAAGAGAGUAGGUGAGUUGUGUUUAGUCUCUUUGCUAAAGAAAUUAGGCGAAGUUAAAAGAUGUUUGGUGGCUAGUACUAUGACUAGGACCCUACAUGUACUGUUGAUGAAGUAAGGUGCUGUUCUGAGCAUUAUUUGUGACUACAGAGUGGCAUUUUGGAUGAGGUUUGUUUGUAGCUCUUGAGAAUGCUGUGUAUUGCUAUCCUGUGGUCGUUACUAAAGUUGGUAUAACUAGAGAAGGAAGCGGUCGGCAACAUUCAUCUCUCGAGGGGGUGUCUAACCCAAAAUUAAUUUUACGCCAGAAUAUCCCUUUAAAUGCGAGCGGUCAGCACACUCCUGACGAGGUUUCACUGCAGAAAACAGUACCAGACAACCCCCAGCAUCUGAUUCACCACACAGCAGUAACUACAGUAGCUGUUAGCAGUUGAGCAAGUUGAGGGUUACGUUUGCCAAUAUUUCCUAUGGCUAUUUUCCAACAAUGAAAUGACAUGGUGCGCACAUAACUAACUAAUGCGAAUGACCUCAUCCAUCAAGAUGAUUUGUGUCUGAGUCAUGUCAGAUAGAUUUUCAUCUGCAUGGUGUUUUUUCUAAUCAUGAAGACAGCUCGGAUGACCUGGAGCUACUUCAUGAAGUCAUCAAACCCAGGCAUCCCGUUUCUCGUUUGACAGUCUUAUCUUUUAUCUUUAUUUCACAUUUCUAACACUUAGGACUUAUUGUUUGUAGCUUUCUUGAUUUUAUUCCUAUUCACUUAUAUAUUGCUGGAUUAUUGAAUUGCACAUACAGCUCUGGAAGUAAGCAUACAGCAACACCUUGAGUUUAUUGUGGUGACCAUUGUGUUGGUUGUCACAUGUCAUAAAACAGAGGAGAGGUGGAGAAGAAGCAGCAGAUAUUAAGGAGGUAGCUUAAGGAGCCCUCUGAAAGAUAAGGAGGCACUUUUAAAGGAACAGUGCAAAGAAUAGGAGUGUUAUGCGAUAGCUGUCCUAGUUCAUACUGAAUGCUCAAGGACAAAAAGCUCCUGCAAUGCAAUGAAUGAUGAAUGCAUGAGUUUGAUUCUGAAUUCCACCCACCAUUUUUUUAUGACGCAUUAGUUAUCAGGGCCAGUUAUUCUGAAAUUAAAAGACCAAAACAUUAUAUCUUAACAUUUGUGAAUUGAGACAUAUUUAGACAAUAAAACAAAACCAUUCAUAUGUAUCACACACACAAACCUGUGAGAAGAUGAAUAAGAGAAAUACUCAUUUCUUCAGUGGUCUCCUCAUUUCUCCUAAGGCUGUAUACAUUUACAUACUGUAUUUAUUCAUACAUAUUUCCUAUAUUCCCUCAUAAUGUUACUCUGUAAAAAGAGCAGCUGAAGCAUCCAAAGUACCCUGGGGAUAAAUGUAGUAUAUCAGACUCUAUUUUAAGGGAACUGCUGUAAAGCAAACACUAUUAAUAUUCAUCUCUUUAUGAAAACACAUAGCAUUGAUUCUUAAACUGAUGUCAAACCCAUGACUCAGCAUUAAUAAAGCCUGUCUGUUGGGAUCAGAUUUACUACAAAGGCAUGCUCUACAGCGUGGUGUCACUUUUUUUUUCUGUUUCUGGUUCCUUGAAUGAACAGCUCCAGUUUUGUGAGUGGCAGGUCACUUAUGUUGCUUUGUGAAGCUGAAGGUGCUCCGCUGAGCGAGGAGUCAUCCUCUUUACUCAUUCUCCGCUCGGGCCAUUGUGCUGCUGCCAUUCCCACAAUCCAGACCCGGUGACACUGGUAUUCAGUAAACUGCAUGGAAACAGAGUGUUUUUAACAAACAGAAGCAAACACCUGCUGGCGGCACUUUUCUUGGACUUUAACAGAGUGAUUUUUUUUUUUUUUUUGCUCUUUCUGCUUGUAUUUGCCAAGUUUGACAAAUCAUCAAGAUUUGAUCUUCCCCAAAGAGACUAUUGACUUAACAGGAAAUUGGUCAGUGUCUCUAAGAGCAUGAUAGGGUUGCAAAAAUCUAUUUCCUCCAUGAUAGAGCUGGUAAUAGUCGGGUCUUGCAGAGGGGACACGGCUUUCAUUGUACUAUAUUGAUCAAAAUGAUUUCUCCUAUCCUUUUGUACAUGUCUGGAGUAAAAGCCCAAUCCGGAGAGCUGUUCAUAAAUAUAUAUUUUUUGGCAAUCUUUAUUCUCAUCUGGAAAGCUCUCCUGAAUCAUACCGCAAAGCCUCAUGAUACUGAGAUUCACACUGCACAUCCUCUUUCCCUACCAACUCGGUGUCUUUUAUGUGAAUAAGGAUGCGUCUCGAAUUAUAGCAUGGCAGUGUUAAUCGCCUAGAGCUUGCAUGAGAGUGGUUGUAUAAUAUCUGACAGCUCAGGAGGGAAAAUAGGUAAACAAAAAAAAAGGAGGGGGGGUGGAGGCACUGAGAUUCCUCUGUGGUGGCCUCGUGUGCUGGAGGGAAGUGUGCUUUAAUUCGGAGCAUUAGUGAAUCAUGACUGUUGCCGACUCUCAUUUUCCUCCUCAUGUUGUUACAUCAAGACAGCAAUAAUCAUCCUUGGAGAUUUAGUCUGUACUUUCGCCGACCAUUAUCCAAUUUUUUCUUUGCUUUUUUAAUAUGUUACCGACAAUAAAGUAAACCCCAUGAGCAAAUCUAUUAAACAGGAAACAUGCAACCUUUUUGCCUCUCAGGAAUCUUUCGUCCAUCUUCAUCUCGUUCACCCCUGUUCCCUGCUGUCUCGGCUCUCUUCUCUUUUCUCUUCCCCUCUCUCAUUUUUUGGUCUGACCUUUGCUCAGAUUCUGCUUUUCUGUCUGCUGGUUACAGGCACUGGUCUGUCAUAGUUGACUCUCUAGUGAGAUGACAAUGUGGACACUGACAGGACUGAGCAGCUUUAGCCAGCAGACUGAAUAUAAAACUAUACAUGAACAGAAAAAAAAACAUUUUUUAACCUCAAAUAAAUCUGACUAUUCUGGACCUUGUUGCAAAGAAAAGGCAAAUGAAGGAUGAAAUUUGUGUCUCAGGUUUGUGUAUCUGGUAUGAGUAAGAGAUGAUGUAUGGUGAGCGGGUGGUUAGGCGAAAUAGAGUCCUGACAGGGUGAGACGACCUUGACGCAAAGCUCAUUUUACAUUUUCACUUAUAGCUCAGCUACUCCCUUAAAAUACAAACAAACUAAAACGUAGCCCUUUAAUGCCUUUUAUCAUAUUUAAUACUCAUAUGAUACUUCUAUCAAAUCAAUAUGAUCAACAAAUUACUAAAAAAACACCUGAAUACAGUCUGUUAAAUGAUAAAAAUGUCCUCUUAUGGUUUAUUAGUUUCCAAAAACAUAUCAAAUGAGAUAAAUAUAUAUGUAUAUUUGUUAAAUUCUAGAGACAUUUUGAUUUUUUGGUUUUCAGUUGUAAGUGAGAUAAACAUUUCAGCUCCAAAAAAUGUGAAUUUUCUGGCCAUAAUUUGCGGUUUCAGGCAUUAAAGGGUUAAUACUGAUCUUAAAGGGAUAUUCCGGCGUUAAUUUAAGUUAGGGUCAAACACACCAUAACACCGAGUUAGACACCCCCUCGAGAGAUGAAUGUUGCCGACCACUUGCUUCUCUAGUUAUACCAACUUUUGCAAUGACCGCACGAUAGCAAAACACAUAGGAGCCACACACAAACCUCAACCAAAACUCUACUCUAUAGCCACAAAUAAUGCACAGAACAGCACCUAACUUCAUCAACAGUACAUAAAGGGCCCCAGCCACAGUACUAGCCACCAAACAUCUUUUUAACUUUGCCUAAUUUCUUUAGCAAAGAGACUAAACACAACUCACCUACUCUCUUCCAGCAGCCACUUGUUUGUAGCCAGAACUUGGACCAGUCCAUUACGGACUGCUGCGGGGUGACGCAGCUCAAGGAAGGACAUUUAUGAUCAUUUCUUCAUGGAAAUGCAAUCAGACUGAGACGCUAAGGCAGAAGCAAAAUCUGCAGUUCAAAAUUACUAAUACUGUGAUUAUUACUGAAAGGAAAUGAUAAAGUAAUGAUCAAUAAAGUAAUGACCCUGGAAUAUCCUUUUAAGAUGACUUUAUUAAUUAAACUAUUUACCUAACUUUUACCCUUAAAAAAAAUUCUCUUGGGCUCCAUCCCCACAAAUAUAUGAAAACAUAUAUUUCUCAGCACUUUGACCCCCCUCGUCCACAUGUAAACAGAAAUAUAGGUCACCUAAAAUGACGUUUUGAAAAAUUUGUAAUACUCUGCUUUGUCUUUUCUGUGUGGAAAUGCAAAAUUAAAAGUUAUAAGACACACAUGGCAUUUUUCGUUUCAUGUAUUGCACAUCUGCUGAGAUGGCAGGCUAUCAGUCCUCUUCAUUAUUCUGCAGCACAGGGACAACACUAAAUGGCGCUUUGAUUUGCCGCUCAGUACACAAUGUAAACACCACUUAACAUUGACAUUCACUCAAAAACACUCUCUUUACACAUGUGCACAAUGUUCUUUUAUAGUGUUCAGACAUGACAGAUUGAUUACACAGUAUUGCUGCUUAUUUGCCCUACAUGUUUAUGUCGGUUUUUUCAUCCUUUUCUAGUAGUCAUGCUUGUGUAAGCUCCUCUCUUCCUGUUACUUUUCUAUUUGCAUUUCCUUCUCAGACAUCCAGUCCUGUAAAGUCCGGUUUAAGGUUGCUUCUUGUCUGAUUUCUUUAACUUGAUUGCUGUCUUUCUCACUCAGCUCCUUGUGUGUUUUUAACAUUCCCCCCUCCUCUUCUUAUCUUCCUUUCUCUGCUGUUUUCUGGUCAAACAAAAUCUACAAUUUCUGCUCCCAAAACAAAUUGAGAGUAAUAUUUAAGAAAAAAAAAGUAUCAGUGAUUUUGGAAACUGAUGUUUUUGUCAUACAAGAUUACAUGAAUGUGCCAACCCCCCCUUUUGCAAAUUGACCUGGUUGUCACUGUUGUCUUUGGGUUUUGACCAAUCAGAAUCAAGUAAUUAACACACCAAUAUGAUUAACUAGUAAGGUGUCUUCUAUCUCACCUGAUCUCCUUUAGGGAGAAGAAACCAAAGAGCAGUUCAAUUAAGAAAUUAAUUACAUUAAAGGAUAAUUAAACCCUGGAAAAGUAAAGCAGAACAUCCUACAAUGUCAGUUUUGCAAAAUGAUUCCUGAUUUUCGUCAUCUCUAAGCCCAUUUUGCUCUAAAGAAAAUCCUUGCAGGUUCCUAAACAGAACAGACAGGCAGCAUUAGCCGGUGUUUUUUCCUUGUCGAGCUCGUGAAGUGAUGUGCUUCCCUGUGUAUUGUCUGCUGUUAUGUAAACCUGGCUGCUGUAGAGAGGCUCUCAAUGCAGCGCAUGGUACCGUUUAUCUAGGACAAGGCUGGUUGUGUGCCCCCUCACAGAACUGCGUCAAAGGGGGCUGAGAAAAUGAGCUUGAUAUUUGGUGUUUUUUUUUCUCUCUCUCACUCAUGCUUUUUCAGCAGAAAUGCCCUUGACAAAGUGGGUGAUGAUUCAGUUCGCUGUUCAGCCUCAAAAUAGUCGUGUGGGGUUAAAACACUUACCACCGCUGUUGAGACCCGAGUACAGCUCCAGCCCGGUCAUGCAUUCUUAAUACACUAUUGGUGAGGUUGGUGGGCGGGGAGUCGGUGAGGGAGGGUGUUCUUGUCACUGAUUCGUCGGGGUUCCUCUUUUGGUUGUGGUGGGAUCUGGAGGAUUUGAUGAACUCUCGGGUUUCCCAUCAACAGGAAACUCAUUUUCUCAUGGGUUGCACACCUUAUUUUGAAUUUGAGCGUUUGGUUUCUGAUCUGGGUGGAAAAAAAUUGUAGAUUUUCCUAAACUGCAGCUUGGACUUGCUUUAAAGGGAUAUUUAAAGGUGUAAAAUUAAUUUAGGUUAAACACAUCUUAACACCAAGUUAGACACCCCCUCGAGAGAAGGAUGUUGCUGACUGCUUGCUUUUCUAGUUAUACCAACUUACCGCAGGAUAGCAAUACUUGUUUAUGAUCUUUACUAUAUAAUUUCCUUGAAGUAAUAAUCAUCAUAUUAAUAAUUUUACACCGCAGACACGGUAGUUCUUCUGCCUCAGCAUCUCGGUCUGAAUGCAUUUCUAUGAGGAAAUGAUCAUAAAUGUUCUUCCUUGAGCUGCGUCCCCCCCGCUGCUGUCGAUGGACUCGCCUGAGGUCUCCGUACAAACAAGCAGAUGCUUGAAGAGAGUAGGUGAGUUGUGUUUAGUCUCUUUGCUAAAGAAUUUAGACAAAGUUAAAAAGAUAUUUGGUGCUGUUCUGAGCAUUAUUUGUGACCACAGACUGGCGUUUUGGUUGAGGUUUGUUUGUGGCUCCUGAUACCGCUGUGUAUUGCUAUCGUGCAGUCGUUACUAAAGUUGGUAUAACUAGGGAAGCAAGCAGUCAGCAACAUUCAUCUCUCGAGAGUGUGUCUAACUCUGGGUUAUGGUGUGUUUGACCCUAAAUUAGUUUUACGUCGUGGUGGAAAGAUGGCUCCUGUACAGAUUUGAUUGCAGUAUCAGUGGAUCUCUGGUAAACACCAACAUGAGAAGCGUCCUCACAUCAACUCAGAAACCUCUAAAAAAGUUGCACACUUGUUUUGAUACCAGCCUAAAUUACACUCGAUUUCGCUGUUGUGUUCCUCUCUGAAUACAUCGGUUUCUGAUUUGAAUCUGCACAGAGAGAAAAGAUUUUACCCUUGAGAGUUUUGAGUAUGUGAUGCUACUGCAAGAUGCAAAUUCUGUGAUAGGUGGAUAUUGUUUUUCUACUCUAUCUAGCAUGGGUCAUUUAAGGUUCUAAUAGUUCGUGUUUCGAAUAAAUAAUCUUCACAGUAGCAUACUAAAAACAUGAGAAAGAGAAUGAUGUGAUUCAAGUUAAACCAGCUUUUAUCAGAAACAAUCAGCAUGUCUUUACAAUCAGUUUAAGAGCCAAAAGUAGUUUGAGUUCCCUCGAUGGAUGUAACCAAAUCAAUUCCUUUCGAGGACCAAUUUUUGGACGGGACUUUUAUUCAUAACAUUUUAUUCAAAUCAGUUUGAAAAUAAGGAUUAACUGCUGUUUGCGAGAAGACGAUGACUUCUCAGCUUGGCUCUAUCUCAGUUGGCAAGCUUGUUGUCCAACAUAACGUUUCCUGGGCUUCCCUGGUGCCUCCUCUCCCUGAGAAAUGAAUGGACUUUUGGUGACUAGCUGAUUGCGCUCCUCUCAGCCUGAAUGCUUAGUGAAACAGCACAGAGCCAUUACAAAGUACUAUUCAAAUUGACAUUCCCUCCUUAUCUAGUUGCUGGCAUGUGGCUGAAAAGUUGGGGAAUCUCUUAAAAAACAUCUUUUUUUUUUAUUUUUUAUUUUUUGCAGGCUCACCGUUUUUAUAUUAUAAAAAAGAAAAGACUACAAAUUGGAAAGUUAAGCUGCCGUAGAAGUUAAACCAACUGUGCUCUACAUUUUAAACAGCUUGUGCUCCAGCUGAGCUCGCUCUCCUUGUGGGGUUUUUCCAGACAUAAUGCCGAAGCUUUUAGUAGACGCAGAGCUCAGCCCCUGAUUUAUGAAGCAUAUGCAUUCUGUAGUGUUUGCAUAAUUCAUACCGAACGACAAACUCAGGAUGUUGUGGAAAAUUAAUUUUUGUUUGAUGCUUGUUUUCCUUCAAACAAGAGAAAUCCUUUUUUGAUUGAGCUUUUCAAAAUGAAUCAUUUUACUCGACACUGAAAACAUCACUCAUAAAUGAGACAGUUUAAAACAGGAUAUUUCCUCCAGUCUUACAGAUGUUCACACGGAUAUCCAAACAAAGAUGUUGUCAAAUGAUCCAAAUGAAAAUCAGAUCAGUGGAAAAUCCGGCUUUGUAGACAAGUUACCAAACCACAAGUCAAGACUCACUUUGACUAGACUUCUAACAUACUGGUGAGAUCUUGUCCGGACAAAUAGCAUCACACAAUCCAGUCGUCACUACCCAAUAAGUAAUUAUCAAAGCAAAUGUCAGCAACCUUGCUUUGCCCUCUAACACCGACCUUACGUUUGAGAAUCCCACUAACAAGGUCAUGUGACUUUCACCACCUGAGUAUUAUCACCGGGGCGUAAUCAAUGAUGAGUUUUAAUGACGCUCGAAAUAUCCAUUUUCAAUCAAUAGCAGCGAAAUAUCACUGCUGUGGGUCCCGAUCAUGGGGGGAUUAUAAAGCUGUUCAACAUCUUUAAUGAAAGGAUCGAUGGGCUGCAAUUUGUGGAGCAGAGGGACUGAAACCGGUGAAAGAAAACACAUAAAAACACUUUUAACAACCGGACCCAAGCUGCCCAUUUCCUGAGAAAUUGAUUUUAAUUUUUUACUUUUAAAGCUUUGUAUUCUCACUGCUGUACUCCGUUUUUUUGUGUUGUUGUUAUGUGGUACUAUGAAGCACAGAGUAAUCUUGGUUUGAUAUAUGCUGUACAAGUAAGCUAUUUUGUAAUGGAGCUAUUUAUAGAGAGGAUGGUUGUGUUGAGUUCAGGCCAAAACAGCAGCACAGAGAGUUUUACAUGAAGAUCAAACAACAGAUGACAACAAACAAACUGGAGACAUCAGUAAAAUUAGCAGCAGGAAGUAGUGACAUGUUUGCAUAUGCAGAUCAGAUGAUCCUUAAUACCGGCUUUUAAAAUCUGCUAGCAUAUUACAAUUCUGCUAAUGUGUUCCUGUAGCUGGUAACUUGGGUGUGAUGCCAUUCUCAGCUCGGACAUCUGACUUCCGAGGUAACUCAAAUGCUGUAUUAGAUCAAGAUUGGGAGCGAAAGCAUGAAACUAGAUACGCUUGUGUUCAUUAAAGCUCCUGUGAGGAGUUUUUUCACUCUUUAAAUUCAUAUUGAUAACGAAAACAUAGAGGACCAUCAGUGAUAAGGUUGUCAUCUUAGUAUACUGUAAUUUCAAAGGCUAAAACCAGUGUGAGGGCAUAGCUGUCAGUGGAGCAGAUAAACAGCUGUACUUUUUCAAAAGUUCCUUACAGGAGCUUUAAAUCAGUCAAUCAAUCAGUCUUUAUUUAUAUAGCACUUUUCAUACGCGACCAUGUAGCACAAAGGGCUUUACACAGAAAAAGGAUUAAAAGAAACAAAGAAUACCCAAAUCUACACCAGCCCAACCCCUCAUUCCCACCCCACGAUCUAAACGCAACAGAGACAGAAUUAAAAUGCAUGUUUAAGUGCUUAAAAAGGGCUUGAUUUUGUGGAAACAGCAUAUGCACACUGAGGAAACGCCAAUUUAAAACCCAAGAUAAGGAAACACUGGAGGUUUACAAUAAAAUCUAAAACACUUAAACAAAGUUAAUGAUAUAAAAUUUAAUUAAAAGUAAGACUAAAAAGGUACGUUUUCAGUUUGCUUUUAAAUGACCAUAUUAGAUGACAUCAGACACUGUUAAGACCAAAGAAAGAGGUCAUAAUGACGCAAUGUGUUAAAUUUGGCUCAGCAUAUAAUGAAUUACUGCUAUUAUCUAUGAGAAAAGUGCCCAUUUAACCAAAGGAGGGUAAAAUGUUAUAUUUCAUACACCUGUCAACCCUUUCUAGCUCAUUGUAGUGGCAUAAAUUGUCUCCAAAUCCCUUUUUUGCUUGAGUUAUUUCACAUUAGAAACACUAUUGAGACAAAAAGGGUCAAAUACGGUUCAGUUGUCUCACACAGAAAAAAAGUCAGGAAAUGUACACAGAGAAAAUAAUUACAUGGGUAAUUCUUUGAGUGGCUGAAUGACAAGACACAAUAUUAGGUUUGACGUGCAGAAUAACUGAUAAUCACAGACAUAAUGAGAGCCAGCAGUGAUUCGCUUCUCCUGGCAUAUCUGCAGCUUAAGACAAAAAAGCAGUUUCCUGAAUAUUGUUGUGGCGACUGUUGCAUAUUUUCCAACUCCCAGGGAGAUUUUGAAUGGCUGAGUUAUGAUUGGAACAAGCUAUUAGUUCUCUGACAGAUACCAACUGGAAGUGAUUUGAUCUAAUUUUAGUAAAUGCACUAUGUAGACAGUUAAUCAAUCAAAACUGUCACUAAAACAGGAGCCCAGAGAGUCAAAGCGAAAACUGGUUCACAUCAUGAUUCUUUAUAUAAACUUUGUGAAUGUUGGGUUGUUUAUUUUCCCAGAAAUACUGAGUGCACAGUAAGCCUGCAAACUGAAUUCAUGACAUUGUCAGCGAUUAGUCAGAUGUCAGGCGUAGCAGCCCUCAGCCCUCAAGAACGAAGGCGUUGCAUUAUUGAAGUCUGAAUACGGGACAUUUUGUCUCUGGAGGAGGGAGGCUUUGAAACACCAACGAGGGUGAAGGACCCAAAGUCGAGAGGAUAAAUCAUCCCUACAUCCUGGCAUGUGGGCGCUCAAUAUUUAAUGAGGGAUAUUUUUUCAUACUCUUUUUACAGUUACAUUCUCCAGCUCAGGUAAAACAGGAGAGAGGGCUGCAGAAAUAUCACACAGCUCACAAUAGGGUGUGAAAUUACUUUAUCACCUGAAGAAUUUCUGUAUAAUCCAUGUUCCCGCAUCUUGACCCGAUAGUUCAGGCGCUCUUUGUACUUUAUGAUUCACAGUGAAAAUUAAACUGACCUCAAGGAUCAAUGCUGUUCUUGCACUUCUUUGCACACAUCAGCUAUAGCCUUGACAAGCAGCAGAUGGUGUGCUCUACAGUGAUUUACUGCUGCAUAGCCGGGGGUGCGGUACUUUUUGUGAGGCUUUUUUUUCUCCUGAAUAAUUGAUAGAGUACUGACAGUUGGCUGUGUAGGGUUUCACAUAUUGGGGAUGGAAGGGGAAAAUUUGGCUGGUGUUACGGAGUUUCUUCAACGCUCGCUGGUUUUUAAUUGUCGGGGCAUUAGCUUGCAUCUGUUUGGAUGCAGGAGCAGGAGGAAUGAUGUUUAUUUUUAUGUUGAAACCCAAUAAAAUGCAAUGUAAUCUGAGAACUACCUGCAAACCUAAUGACGGGGGAGAAUAAUCUUGUUAAUUUGUGAACAUUAUAGGUGGAUUUGUUGCAGUUUGUACAGAUGUUGCCACCUAAAAGCGGAAUAAAACAUAGAUCAAGCAAUUUUCAAGCUCCCCUUAUCUAAUCCAGCUAGGUAUACAGUAGGGCCCAACUGACAUGGAUUUUUUUGGGGCCAAUACCGAUUAUUCGGGGGGAAUAAAAUCUGAUUAAUUGGCCCGAUUUUUUUACAUUUUUUGUGAGGUUAUAAAAAUAUAUAUAUACUGUAGAUAUCUACAGAAUACUAUAUACUGUAGAUAUACUGUAGGCUACUGCUCUUCAUGCCGACAGGAAGACUAACUAAUCAGAAAGCGUUUUCAACUACCCCCCAAACCGAAUCUUAUUCUCCGCAUUUUAUUUCUGAACAUAUCGGCGAAAAUCGGCGAGUUUUGGCCGAUUACCGAUUAGUCUCAAACAGGCUAGAAUUGCCCGAUUUAAUCAGCUCAUCGAUAAAUUGGUCAGGCCCUACUUAUAAUUCAUGAUGACUUAAACAGCAGCUGUAGCUUUUUUUCUAAUUCUGCUUACAUUUCAAACUAAACAAAACUGCUACUAAGCAAAUAGAGAAACAUCCUUGUAAGGAUUCAUCCAAGGAUGCAGAUAUUCAGCUGUGUUUCCUCUUGCCAGGGUAAAUGUAGGAAAAUAAAUCAUUGUGAGGCAGAGGCUUCUUGUGUUUUUUUAAUCUAACCAACUUGAUGAUUAUUAAUCGUUAUCUAUUUUAAAGACAUUUGGUACUAAUUAGUUUUUUUGUUUCCACUGUGUAACUCUGGGACUUCUCACCUGGCGGCAAUUGCUUAUAAAUGGGUAACCAAAUUGUCAGUAAGCCCCCCGAUGAAAACCCGGGGCUGAAAUCUGUUUGUUACUGUCAUUAUUCAAAGUUAUGGACUUUUGUGGGAGUGCUGGAGCAUAUUUGAUGAUAUUGCAUCAGCGAUGGAUCAUUGUACAUGCAGGCACUGGGGGCAUGGCUCCUGGAAGAGGGUGUCUUGGUCUGUCUUGUGCAGACACUGGAGAUGGAGUUGUUUUAGCUGACUUCAUUUGCCAUCAAGAAUAUCAAGACAGAACUAUUAGGCUGUCAUUCACUUUAAAGCUUCGAUGAGGUGUUUUAACUGAUUGUUAAAUAGGUGAUGCCUCCUGAUGGCUUACCAAGACUGUUGGAAGAUUAAACUGCAAGUUGCUCAUUCUGCUGAAUCGACCACAGCAGGAGAGGGCAGAGGCUAUAUAAAGCAAAGAGGCAAUAAUUCACCAGCUGAAUCCAUGAGGCAGAAUUGUUAAUAAACCAGAUUAUUCAUUUAAAAGCCAGCAGAGAUGAAUACCACCCUCUCCCUGUCAACAGUUUGGAAAACAUCAGCAGUAUUUCCAGCUUAUCCGAUAAGCGCGGACUAGCAGAACAGCUUGCAGCCAACGUUCACCACACUGAGUCAUUGUUCAGGUGUUUUUCACUGUAGCAAACACUCAGAGAGCCUCGUUAAACGGUUACAUAAUUUAUACACAGAUUUCUAGUAAAGCCAACGUUAACACCCUCUUCAUGACAUCUGCAGAGACGGUUUCUCGCAAUAACACAACUGCCAGCAUUUGGCAUAUUUCACUUACUUUCAUGAAGGAAAAUUUAAUCAUAUUUGAAUGUUUGAUAAAUCUUUCUUUAGCAUUCAAUAGACAAUUAAGACAGCAAAUAACUCAGUUGUUUCAGUUGAAGUAAGAGUCUAAAUAAGUGACUUCUCCAAGGGUGAGGAAACAAUCAGAAAACAGUCAAAAUUGAAGAAAGUAUAUUUACACAGAGUAGGGCUGGGUGAUAUGGCCUCAAAUCAAUAUCACGAUAUAUUGAGCAAGUCACCUCGAUAACGAUAAAUGGACGAUAACUAUUCCAGAAGCUGCUAACCCCUUCCCACAUUAACUUCCGCUACUUCAGCUGCCGCUUCAGCCGCUACAACCUUUGAACCUUCCUCCAUCUCUUCACCUGUCUUUCCCUUUUUGUUACGGACUGGAUGAGGUGGAGUCACGUCUCUGAUGUAGGGCAACGUCUUAAAGGGACAUGAGACCAUAACCUACCUACACACAUCGAAAACCAAUUUUUAUUUAUUUAUUUUUUUGACACUGAAUAUACCAAUAUGGACAAAAUGAUUGGUUUUGGUUAUUGUUCUAAAUUUUCGGUUUAUCGCCCAGCCCUACCACAGAGUCCCAGAGUGUCACUAUGAUAGCAGAGCUAGCACCACCUCCAGCCUUCAGUCCUCCUCACAGGUUUGUGUCCACAUGCCUGUGCUGCUUACACAUUGGCAAGAUCAAGUAGUUUUAUGUAAGUGUAACCAGACUCAGCUACACACAACUUUAUCUCUAUUUUCUAAAUCAAAAUACUGCUAAAUCACACUGCACUAUGAUACCGUCUGUCAUCUGUGCUCUAAAGAGAAAAGCCUAAUUUGAAAAUCCAUCUCUGUCUGCCUUCAAGAACAGAAUACUGAGCCGGCUUUUUGGCUCCUUAAACAAGCCUCUUGGUGAAUGUGGUCCAUUGGUUGGCCUCCAAGCCAACCUGCUGUUGCCUCUCCUGUUACCAGAGCAAAACCAUGCAUGGUUGAUUUGAUAGUCUCAUAACACAGAGCCAUGUUGGGAGUAUUGGUUUGGACUGUUCGGUGUGCAUUUUGCCCGAGAAGUAAAGCAAAUUUGAAAACGUUUACUCGCCAAGCAACAAGAUUGUUUGUGUUCUGUUGCCAGCUGACACUGACUGCCAGCUAAAUCUCUGUUGUGGCAAAACAUCUCGGUCCAAACCUUAAGUUGCUUUUUGCCACAGUGUACAAAGGCUGUUCAGUUUGGUUUCAUGGAUGAGAAAGUUUGUUUUCCAGUUUUUGUGACACCAGUUUCUAAAAUCCUGUUACAUUCACGAUCUCCAGAGGAAGAAAGCUUAUAUUUGGGCGAUGUUUUUCUCCUUUGUGUGCUUGUGCAUGGGCGAGUUCAAAUUCCUGGCUUUUAGACUUACUUUUUAAUAAGAAGUUAGGAUUAGAGUGAUAGCAGAACAAAAUGAUCAAAUUAGAGUAAUUUUUUAGCACACGCUAAAAAUAUUUGGAGAACAAAGAGAUGUUCAUUUUUAGACUGAUCAGUAUUUUUUCAUGAAACCUCUUUGUCACCUCCUCCCUUGCAACAGGUACAGCAUGACUCUGCUGAAAACACUGGAAUACAUAUAUUAAAUUUGACUUUAGACUCUUGUACUGUCAAACUGUUGCUCUGAGAACUAAAUGUUCCAGUUUCCUUUUUUGGCAUUUUCUCUAGGAGCUGUAGGCUUUACACCCGAUAGUACACCAAGUACAUUUGAUUUGGACUCUCCUUAGCAACAGGCAUUGUCAUCUAUAGAUUUCUUCACGUUGGUACUGAUAUAGGUCAUCCUUGAAAUUGUAGCCUUUAAUGGUGUUACUCUGAUACUCUUGUUCCUCUCAGAGCCAAACCCAAAAAGGAAAUAAAGAUGGGGAACAGUAUCCACUCACUAUAAAUCCGUGACUCUUAUAAAAUGUUUCAAUACCUUGGCUUUUCUGAAGAUGAUCUGAGGUGCUAUAUCAGGAACGUUGAUCCAAUUUAUGGCCCCCGAAGUUCGGAGGAGUCAGCCACAACAUACUGAUAAGUGCACAGUUAUCCUAGUGUUUCUAACAGGCAUCGAUUGCUCUUGUCUUCACUUUCCCUUCUUCCAUUGAUUUGUGAUGCUGCUCUCAGAUUACAAGGUUAUGUGAGGACAAGUGAUAAUUCACGACCGUCUGUCUGCAGCAACAUCUCUAAUGUACAUUAUCUGUUUCUUUCCUGUCUGUUUGUGUGUGAAAGCCAAAAAUCAUCUCGAGGCAGCUGGAGAAGUUUUCUCAAAGAUGUGCUCAUAAAUAUCUGUUAAUAUUUAUGAAUGAAUUCAUCAGUUUCUAAGCAUAAAUAACAGCUUACUCGUGAUUUUUAGCUUUUGUAUGAGCAGAUAUGAGCUGUAUUCUUGAAGAUAUUUACGUCACAAUAAGCAGUUGGAGAUUUCUGUCCUUUAAGAGACCCUUGAAAGACAACAUUGAGAGAUCUGUGUUUUAAUCGAAGAUGGGCGUGUUAAAAUACACGUCUACCUCUCUCUCCUCAUCCCUGUGCUCGUGUGUUUCAAAGGUCAGUGCCUAAUUUAGUUUUUAAUGAGAGCUUAAUUGAAAACGACUCUCCGUCUACUUUACAGAUGAUCUCAGUUAAAUAUCCCAAUGUUCUUAGGUCAAAUCUUUCCAUCAUUCAGCUGGAGGCAGUUUUUUUUAAUACAUUAGAGAUUUCCUGAGAGGUAAAGCCAUUCAUUUUUAAAAGUAAGUAAAACCUCUCUUUUAUACACAACUGCAGGAAUUCAAAGAGAAUAAGGAUGUACUGGUAGAGCUGCAGAACUCUCUCACUUAUAUGAAAUAUGUAUAUACAGUACAUUGCUGUAAAUCGUACUCGUAUUGGACAGAACAGUCAAUUCAUAACCCUUCAUUUACCUCUUCAGUCUGACUUUGCUCCACUGAAAGAAUAUUUCAAGGUAAGAGGGUUUCAAUUUUGCCAAACCGAUGACUAAAGACCCAAUUAUCCACCUCAGUGCAAAGAAAUUAGUUCACGUUAAAACGCCUCUUUCAUACAGGGGGUUACCAUUGUUGUUGACAAUACUUGACAAAAGCUAAAGAAAGGUGUUUGCCCCACCUGUAGUGUUGAUUAGAUAAUUAUAGUUUCCUCUUGCAGUGCUCAUUGGAUUGAUUACUUGCUAACGAGUAAAACAGCUGUUUUAAAUCACCGCACCAGACCAAUCAGUCAACUUUCAAAGGGAUAGACCCCAACGACGACCUCCGGGUGUGUGUUUGCAAUUUUAAUUUGUGUUUGCCUUCAUUGGCAUUCAAGCAAAGAGAAGCCAUCGUUGCUAUGGGAUGGCAAGCUAAAAAUACAAAGAUGGUCUGCAGAAAUAUACCUGGGCAGAAUUCUCCGGUAUUGUCUAUGUGUGGGAAACACUGGAUUAAUUGUAUUUAAAGGUAAAGUUUACGAUCUGAGAAGCAGUUGAAAAAAACGUCCCACCCCCACGCACAAACCUGUCCCCUCUGUGCUCCACGAUAACUCCCCUGUAUCACCCUUCCCACGACACACCCCCUCUGGCAGAGCAAGAAGCCGGCCGACAGAAGAUCUACACUAGCUUCAAAUAGGAUUCACCAUGUCAGAUUGCUAGUGACUAGCAGCAAUAAACAUUAACUCUGCUAGCGAGCACCGUCUGCAGCUGCCUGGACAGCUACCAUGUUGACAUUGCAGAGACUAAUAAGAGUUAUUUAUGUAACACGCACCACGAUAAAAGGCAAAAAUUACCUGUUCAACAAAAACUCUGCUGUCUUAGCGUUUGUUUUCAGGCUCACAUCCUGGCAGAGGUUUCUCCACUGCUCGAAGGAUGACCCAAGGUUUAUUCGAGUUAGAUUCCUCGCUUGGUCACAUUUCCACUUUGCCUCUGCCCUUUCUUCUGUCGGCUUGCGUUUUCUUCCCUCUUUUGGCGGUGGGGCAAGUAGAAGUGUUUUUUUUCCAUCCCUCUUUAUCACAGCUCCUGUAGCUAAGCUGGUACGCUACUUUUAGCCGCUCAGAGCUCCGAGGAGGGCCAGGAGAGUGGGAGGGGAUGGGAGAGGGGUGUGACGAAUACAGCAAGAUGAUUGGAUGGAGAGGCGGCGCAGGAGGUUGACCAAUAGGAGCUGUCCGGGAUGGAUGGCUCCUAUUGGUCAAUGUUUUUGCAGCCCUGCACCUGCUAGAGUGAACAAGUUUUUUCCAUUCUGUUUUCUCUUCACUUUGUGGAGAUCGCACUAUUGGACCAUUAUCGCCAUAUAAACGAGGUUCAUAAUAAUUACCAAUCUCUCCAAUUGUCAACCAUGCCUUUAACCCUGUUUCAGGAUGGGAUUUGACAUUACUUCUGCAUGUGCAGGAAAGGAUCACCAAAGAGAUAAGAGUCACCUUUGGUCCACAGAGGUCGCCAAACUAACUGGUUUUCAUGAGUUCAGCAUUUUGUGACUCCACUUUGGAGAAUGUGUUAUUUUGUGGUGCUGCCUCAUUUUCCCCAAUAUUCAACGUAUCCUCACAGCUACUUCGUUCAGUGGCUGCUUAAAUAGCUCUUUUGUUAUGACAUACAAAAGAGUCGCUGUGAUUGCAUGAAAUUACCCCCGGGCCAUAACUAUGAGGUCAGACAGAUUUCAGCAUCCAGAGUCGUUUUUUUCCGCGGUGCACAGAGAUCAUCAUGUGAGGUUAGCUGUCACACUCAAUCUGCGUUUGACUAAUGACGCAGCGGUUUCCAAGAUUUGGGCCUGACUUGUAAUGGAGUUCACUGACGCUGUGAAGGUGAAUGAUCCCCAUGGGCAGCCACUCUGUCGGUCCACUUGCGGCUUGUCUAUGGUUUGUCCUACAAUACCUUUGACCGCAUUACACGGUGCAAAAUAAGGACAUCUGUAUCUGCACUGACCACUGGAUGGAGUGUGUAGUGUAUUAUGAACUGCACUCUAAAAUUUCCGCCAUUUUAUACCCUGUAUCAUAGGAAUGAGAAAAGGUUUAAUUCUUCACUGUAGUUUUGUGCAGAGAUGUGACCUUCCAGCAGGAUAAGAGCAGAUUGUAUUUGCAGCUAAAGAGAAAGAGGCCUUGGUAGGUAAUGUGGUUUACUUUGUCAAUAGGCACAAUCCAAAAGAAAAAGCUGCUUGCAGAGCACAUUACUUGAACUUUUCUGACAUUUAUAAGAGUUUGUUUGUUCCCUCAGGAGUUUUCUUAUUUUCCUAGCAUUGCUCUGCUCUCAAGAAGGAUGUGAUUCAGAAACUGUAAGGUCUGGAGGCUUUGUAGUACUUCUCCGGUUUUAUUUUGUCUUAUGUGAAGGAUUGUUUUCUUUUACGUGCCUGUGCUUUUGACCACGGACAGUACAAUUAUGUCUGUUAAUUUCAAUUAAUGCCAUAUAAAUGCAUACCAGAGAGAUAAUUGAUAUGUUUCAUCAUUCUCUUCAUGAUAUGUAAUCUCUCUUUCUCUGUCUGCUGUGGUUUGUCGGGUUAUGUUUCAUUCAGCGGGCAGGGAAGAGAGGAAGCAAUUAAUCUGGAAUUGUGUGCAGUUUGGUCCCUGCUGUUGACCAUUUUGCUGGGACUGGUGAUGAUAAAUGACCUUAUUUCUGCACAUAAACACAGGUCUUGUCUCCUAGCGAAAGCAGGUAGCCAGAGGGGAGAAGUGGGCGCCAUCCAGCAGGAUUUAUGGACAGUAGCUCUCUUGAAAAAUAGCACUUGCUCGAAAUAAGUGAAGUGAGAUCAUCGUUUUCCUAAAAGCUGCGAAGACAGUUAAAAAGAAUUGGCGCCAAAGCUAAAUCUUUCUUGUCUGUGUUUAUGCUUUGUCAUGUGGAUGAUGGAGCAGUUACUUUUUUAACUGCGGGAACAUUGACUUUGAAGGGAUUGAUUUUAUGAAGCCGUUUUUAAUUUCGCUGAGAUAGAAAGUGAGGAAGAUCUCUGCGAGGCUUAAUGCAAGAUUGUCUGGUAUCAUCAAGGCUGGAUCAAUGCUAAAUGGUGUUUGAUCACAGUAUUUUAUUAUUCCUCUGGCCUCAGUGUACAUUCAGGGACAACAAUAUGGAGUUAAACCCAGUUAGAAAGAAAGUUGAGUUGAUUUAAUUUUAAAGUUAAUUUUCAGUACAGUUCAGCUUGUGCCUCAUGUUGAGAAAGCAGCAAAAUGGGUGUUAUCUAGCACCUUGAUGUUUCUUUAAAAUUGUUCCCACAUGUUUUUUUUUAAUCAUCUUUCACAAAUUGAUUCUACACAAAUAGAACAAGCCCGCUCAAAUGACUUCAUAAGAUUGAUUACUGCCCCAAGACACAAAACAAUGAAUUCAAAACCAUGGUAAUUGUUUUGCUGCUGUUAACAUAAAAGGUAAUGCUGGAAUGAACUUUAAUUAAUCUGAGAGAGAAAUAACACCAAUAAAAAAUCCACCAUAUCAAGAAAGAAGAAAAUAAAGUAGUCUUGGCCAACUUGACCCCUCUAAAUGAUUGUAUACUCAUAGCAGAUACUCAUUACUUCAUCCGCAGCCCCAUAAAGCAACACAGAGUGAAUGUUUUAUAUGCAAUUUCUCCCCAAACAAAGUAUAAACCUAAGCCACCUUUAAGCCCAAUUUAGUAUUACACUUCCAGAGAAGUGAAUUUUAAGUAAGACUGCUCAAGACCAGAAGUCAACAAAGUAAAUAUGCAGUCAGAUGACAUUGCAAGGCUUUGAACUGUUCAUUUCAGCAGCAGCAAAACAUUAUUCGUGUUGACGUUGAAGCUCUGACCUCAUCAUUCCCUGCAGUUUUACAUGCAAAAAUUAAAGAGUGAUGAGACAAUAUCUUGAGCCCCGCGGUCAGAGCCUGUGGGUGGAUGCUGGAGUGAUGAUAGGGAUGAAUAUUUAAGUGCAGCGUUAAUUUAUGGUAGCAAUUGCAAAAGCAGAGCAGAGGCAGAGAUCUGAAAUCCUGCAGCUCAAGUAGAGCACCAAAAAUGGGAGGAUUUGUUUGUCCUGCGAUUAUGGGGAUGACGCAUGUCAAGUGACAACUGGAGCUGCACUGAUUUCACACUUGACAUGCGUCAAGUGUGAAAUCAGUGCGGCUCCAGUUGCUUGCCUGGACUAACCCCCAGGCUCGGCUCUGUUUAUUCCAGAAGUAGGUCUGCUUUUGUGCCAGUAGCACCUUUGCUCUGGAGAGUAGUUAGCUUUGUUGGCAAUGAGCUAAUCAUACACAACCAAAGUGUAUUAUGUGAAGGAUAAUGUGAAGUGUGUGGGCAGUGUGUUUGACAGGUAGUAAACAAACUACCACCUCACCUCUUAUCAUUACUGCCCCCUACUGUCAGAUGCUGUUGGAUCUAUGUUCCUUUAAUGUACUCAAAGGAAGAGCAUCGAGAAACUCUUGUAAGUCUGUGCAGAUCAAUUUCAUGAUGGGUUUGGUUAUAUUUACUUCUUCUCUUACUCAGCACAUGUCCUUCUACUUUGAAGGAGUCUAUUGUUAUACCACCAGCCUGGAGCAAAUCACCUCAAGAGCUCAAUAAUGUCAGACCAGUAGCUCUUAUUUUACGUUAAUGAAAUGUUUCAAGUGAUUGGGCAAGCAAUUCCUGACUAACAAAGCACAGUGCCUGCUUGACCUGAUGUUCUUUGCUUAGAAUAGAGUGGAGGGAAGCACUACUGAACUCUCUUUACAAUCAUGGACACAGUUGGUGUUUACUCAUACUGUGGUUUCAUACUGAGUGUCCACCAAGAGGGGAAAUGUCAUUUCUCCAAGGUUGCAUUGCUUCCCAAAGCAGUUUUACACUGUUUGGAUAUGGUGAACAUAACUUUAAAGUUACUUAAAUGCUGACUACAGGCUUUGGAUUUGGAUCCUUUUGGCAGCCAAGCUCACCCUCCUGCCAGAUGGCUUGCAGCCACAGUGUUCUUCUUCUCAUCUCUGUGCUUUAUUUAGGGAAAUAAAACCUAAAAUUCUUUCUUUUAAGUUUGCAGUGCAUAAAGGUACACAGCAGCUCUUGGCUUUGUAGCUGGUGUUUUCCUUUACCUCCUCAGUGCAAACCAGAUGUGAUGUUUUCUGGUAUGCUGAUUGUAUCCAUUUAUAGGGUACAAGGACUCUUGCUAGACUUUCCACUCAGGUAAUUUAACCCACAAAUGAGUGUCCAAUUGUAAUCUUGACGUUUGCUUCUUGUCUUUCUUAAAACACAGCCUCCAAUAAGUCAAGGCUAAUGUUGUCUUAUCUUAGAAGAAGCUGUCGUCCACAUGGUCACCACAGGGGUGUGUCUUAUCCAAGUAACUGAAUAUUUUGCAUCCAAACGACUGCUUUGGUCACCAUAUUACCAGGCUUCUCCUGAAAUUUGCCCAUGACUCAGUCUUAGUCAUUCUCCUUCAGGACGGAGAGGUCAGUCAUGGGCCAGUUGCGACUGAUUUUACGGGAUGGUAUGACAGCUAUUUCCUCAGGUUAAACACACAAAAAUCUGAGGACACGGGCAUUGAUCUUUGAAAAAGAGGCUCAGCUGCCUCUUUCAACCAAAGUCGAGAUGGCAAUAGCACUUCUGUAACAUCUCUUCACUGUAACUCAUCUAUUGAUAUUUUCCUCUCUCUGUGUUGCGGUUUGUUUGGUUGCUUUGUAUCUGUUUUCUUCAAUUUAGUUGAUGUCCGUUUUGCUCUGCAGUGUCCCGCCGUAUUUCAAAAUCCCUUUGUCAAUUCCUAUGUGGUUUCUUACCUGUGUCUCCUUUUCCUAGGAGCUUAGCUUUAUAGAGAAUCUUAAGUUUUGUGCUCUCAAAAUAGAUUGAGAGUGGGAUUGGAAAAUAUUCUUUAUGUUGCUACCCGUUGCUAUUGGAAACUGACAUUUUUUCACUCUAUCAACAGAAAGAGGUAAAAUCAUAAACAACAUAAAUGUGCAGUACUCUUUUGUGUAGAUGGAUUUGGCAUGAUGUGUCUUCUGGGUGCCCCAUUGCUUUUGCUAUUUGGAAUCAAUCAUUGUUUUUGACCAAUCAGAAGCAAGUAUUUUACCCUGCAGGAGGGGACCUAACACGAAUGACAAGGGAUAAUACUUCUUCAGGGAUAUUUCUACCAUUAACCCCUCUGGGUCAGAAUGAUGGUCAGUUCUGGAUGAGUUAACAGAAAUUUUUUGCAGAUUCAAAAAACAGUAUAUAAAAUACAGCAUCUCUAAAUCCCUCAGGCGCUUUUGUUGACUCUUUCAUUUUUUGUUUUUUUAUUUUUGUAUGGAUAACAGUGUUUCUCUCUGUUGUCACCGGCUGUAUCAGAGCGUGAAGAAGCCCAAGUGUCAUCAAUUGCUUUUUUCUGCUGACUGUAAAAGACUCCCACAGUCAGCAAUCUGUCAUGUAAGCAUCCACCCAUCACGCUGUUCACCUCUCACACUGAAGAAAACUGUAUGGACUAAACAGCGAAGCCCACGGCUGCCUCCACCUCUAUUUAUAUACAGACAAUGGUGCAGUGAGUGCUGCUGAUGAAAACUUUGAAACCGUUUGAAUAACCUCCAGUACAGAAGUUUCCAUUAAAAUUCUGCAAGACUAACAAUUGUUGUAAUUUUGAAUAAGAGAGUCCUCUUUUUUUGACUGGUUCUGAGUAUUACACUCCCAAUAACAACUGAAUUUUUAAACCUGCAUGAUUUCUGGCUUGUUGAGAUGAAAGUUAUCAUGAUUGUUAUCAAAACUUAAAAGCCACCCUGUCAAAGGGUGAAAACUGUUAAAUCCAUCACAACAGUUUUUCUCUUAUGACUUAAAGCUCCUGUAGGGGGUUUUAUGACCUACAAAAGCAAAGCAUCAGCAUAUUUGAUUCUUGAGUAGCUUUUAAGAUGAAUAGUAUCACAUUGUCAUUGUGCAUUUCAUUUUAUUUUCAAGACAUACAUCUUGGUAGGAGACUUUAAAAACAUGCAAUAUAUUGAAUUUGUUUGCAUUCUCCCUUUAAAUGCAAAAGUCAUUUUCAAAUGUCCAGCUGUAGGUAUCUUAGUGUUUUUCCAGGCGGUUGCAACACAAUUUUUAGCCCAAAGUGUGCAGGAAUAGGCAACAUUUUAUUGGAAAAGAAAGGAAAUUCACGCUUGGAGAUAACCAGAUAAGCCAAAAGAUAAGGAACCACUUUGUCCACAGGGGGCGCUAAAAGCAACACAAGCUUGAAAUUUUCUCAUGGGAGCUUUAAACCAAAUCUUGAGACUUUUAAUUUUUCCCUUUAGAAAUUUUUCAUCCAAGUUGUGAUUUUAAUCCAGACCUUUCUCUGACCUCACUAGACACUAAGAUGAUCAUGUGACCUGACUCUGCCCUUUAAAUCUCCCUGUAGAGUCUCAUAAGGUGUAGUCUUAGUGGAAGAUCCCGCCUCCCUGACUGUCAAAUGCUCUGUAUGCAGGCAUCUCGGAUAAUAUGGGCUUUUGUGGGUGUGCAUGCAAGCAUCUGCCAUCUGCCUUCAUGUGUUUGUGUGGAAAAAAAAGUGUGUAUUGUGUGUCGUCAGAGGGCCAGCUCUUUAAUGUGUUUGCCUGCCUUCUGGCUCCAUGUUAAACCCCUGCAUUGCAGCACUGCCAGUGGGAUUUCAGCAGGCACGGCCCUUUUUUCCCUCUCACCCUUCAUCCUCACAAUAGACGGAUUAAGUUUGGGCCAGAUUCCUCCUGCGUGGAAAGCUCCUUGCACACACAUGCACGUCUUGAAGUGUUCAUACGCAACGCUCCAGAGAGCACAGGGCAGCUCGAGGGCCCCCAAAGUCUCCUGUAGGCUCCUUUUGCCCCGUAUGAACCCCCCUACCCCCUCUGCUGUAUGAGUGAUGGAGCAACAGUCAUGGAGGGCCACGUGUCUUGGAGACAGACUGAGACAGAAAGAAUGAGAGACUCAGAGAAAAAAAGGAAAACCACGGGAUCCUUGGGGGGCUCAGCAAUUCAAGAGCCGUCUGUGAAGCUGCACAGAAACUGUGUUGAAAAAUGGGAAGGCAGGAGCUUGGUGUUGAAAGACUUUCCAAGUUGUUUGGACUGCAUGGUCCUCUUCAUUAAUAGGAGGGCAACAGGGGAGUGAGAGUAUUGUCUUUCCCUUUGACAGCAGCAUGAUUUUGAAGUUUGAUACACCAGUGGAAAGACUCUUGCCAUAGGCUAGUUUAAUCAGUGAUACAAGCUUGUGGACAAAGAUGACACACAAGCAGCAGCCGGUAUAGACAGCUUCAGGAAAGAGUAGAAACAGCCUGAACUGGGAGUUGUUGAGAAAGAGAUACUGAACUAGAGUUUGUGGCAGAAAUUUGCUAACAAUGGUAAAAUGAUAGUUUGGAGAUGAUUAUUAGCUAUUCAAAGAAAAUCAAUGCAAAAAGAGUCAAACAUUGUACAACUAAGAAAAGACUGUUUACAAGUUUGGCUCAACUGAUGUUUAAUUUUUUGUCAAUAGACUGAAUCUCUUUUGAGAGACAUCAACUGUCAUCCAAAUGCCGAUGAUUAUAUCACAUCAGUUAAAAAAAAAAAACACCUAUUCAAGCCAGAGAGACAAGCAUAAGGAAAAUAAAACACAACAACAUUUUCAUUUGAAUGAACUGAAAUUGAUCAAACUAUUAAACUGGGAACAUGACUUCAUAUGAGAGAAAUAUACAGUUUAAUAGCUAUACAUAUACUAGGGCCCGACCAAUAUGUUUUUUUUGGGGCCAAUGCCAAUACUGAUUAUUAGGGGGGGGAAUCCGAUUACUGAUUAAUUGGACAAUUUUUAAAUUUUUUUAUGAAGUUGUAAAAAAUAUAUAUAGUAUACUGUAGAUAUCUACAGUAUACUGUAUACUGUAGAUAUACUGUAGGCUUCUGCUCUUCAUGCCGGCAGGAAGACCGGCUGAUCAUCUCAGUAUUAUUCAACAUAUAUAUCAUGAAUCAAAGGUGGACCAGAAAAGCAUUUCAACUACCCAGCUGUAAUGGAUGCUGACAUAUUAAACUGAUAGUAUGAUUUGGAGGCACAUGUUAGACUGAUCUGGUUGGUGGAGCAGCAGGAUUGAUGUCCAAUAAAAGAGACUUGCGGUGAUUUGAAUAAAGUGAUCGUGAUUAUUGAAAGUUUAUUGACAUUUGUAUUAAUGUUUCCUCGCAACAUCCUUCCUCUAAUUUGCUAAUCUGUUAUGAUUUUCUAAUUCCACCCUUUUCCUGUCUGUCAAAUGGAGGAGGUGGGCUUUAUGAACUCCAGAGUGUUUGGCUUCAUUUUAUCGCAUCUGUGGUGCUGUCCACGCUUUUGUUCACACAAACAUGGUCCAGGAUUAUGUGCUGACAAAUGAUCUUAGUUUAUUCUGAGGUAUGUUGCAGCAUGACUCAACUAUUCAAAUCGCUCAGACCUCAGAGAACCUGGUGAUUGUUGAGCACCUGGUGGUGUCUCUCUAACAAUUUGUCGAAUCACUGUUCAUUUUGACGUGACUCCCCCGCCAGCGUGGAUCUCUGUUGUAGAUAUGUGAUGAAACCAAAUGGCAGCGUGUUCAUUAAAUUCCCUUGCCUUUCCCUCAGCGUGGUUUGCUCCCUCGGGGACAUAAAUAGGUGUGGGAAAGAUCCAAUUAUGUUCGCCAAGAGGCAAUUCCCUUUAACGUGAUUGUAUCUGCGAAUCUGCACAUCAGGGUGUGACGCCUCUGACAGCCAGCCAGCCAAUUUAUGAUCAUUCAAGAUCUUUCUCUUUGACCUUAUAUUUGUCCUCACAGGAUAUGAAUGUUAAUUUCUGCCAUGAGAGCAUGAUGCUAUCUGGCAAAACUUUGACAUUAAGGUUUCACAUCGUGUUUGUGUGAGUGUUUUUUGUUCUUUGAUUUUGGAUUCAGGCCUCAUUGCGCGACCUUUUGGAUUUCAAAAGAGAAAAUGCCACUUGUAUUGUUGGAGUGCCGCGGUGUGAGGCAGCUUUGAAGCGCUGCUUUUCUCCUCCCUGUCACUGCGUCCCCUCAGCUCGCUGCAAACAACUCACUUUGACAGUUUUGUUGUGUUUCUAUGAGGACGGUAGGUACUUCCAAAUGCAGGGACUUCAAGGGCUGCUGGUUUAUACUCCUGAAUGUGCCACCUACAUUUCAUUUAUUGCAGUAUUUAUUUGCACUUUUGGCUUUUAUUUAAGGUUAUACAACAUCGGCCAGUCCAAAGUAUGGAUCCAUCUCAAGAGUUUUACUUACUUGACUAGCAAGUUCAGUGGAAAAUGAACUGUAGUGUAUACUUGAAGGAAUCCUUAUAUAAUACACACAAAUCAAAGAAGCGGCGCUGUUCUGUUGAUGGCAGGUUUAAACUGUAUGAACUGUUUUCCUUCACUGAAGAGCACAAAUUGAUGUUGGUUAUCUCUCCCAGUGGAUUUUUUUUAUGAUACAAUUACAAUAAAGCAAUUAAGUCCAGUGAGUCAUGAAAUUGAUUGUUUUGCCAGAAUAAGGGAGAAAGAAAUUGGCCCACAAAUGGGAAUUCCUUAAAGGCCUGUCUAAGAAGAACAUGGACGGAGUUUGACUCAGUAUUAAAGUUUCUUAAUUCUCUUGGCAGAAUGUUGAGUAUUUAAAGACCAAGCAGAUCCCGGCAAUGUUGUGCUGCAGAGUUGAAAUGAGUUCAGUCUUGCAGUCCUUAUGGGAAUUCUUUGACCUGUGGAGGAAAAUACCUUAUUUGCAUCACCGCCUUGAGUGAGAUGAGGUGAUUGACUCUCACAUCUGCAGUCUCAUAUCUGCUGUGUUGUUUAGAUAAGCGAGGAAGCUGAGGGAAACAACUAGUCUGGCCCCAUCAAGAGGUUAAAAAAACACCAGCUUCUAUUAGCACCUGUAUGGCUCGCUGAUUAGCAUGUUAUGUCUCCUCUUUCGCUGGCAGCCUCACAAUGUCAGCAGGAAGUCUCUGCAUACUGCCAAGAAAUAGUACAGCACAUCACCCUCCGAAAACCUGGCAUUUCACACUCUUGUUUAUCUGGCUGUGACAGUAACACUGGAAAUAAACAACCAGAUAUAGACCAGCGUGUGCAGAGAGCAGGUGGUAAUGGGAAUAAGAGAACUUGACUUACAGCAGAAACGAAGAGAUGCAUUCACCAGCUCUGUUACCAUGGCCUGGAUUGCAGGACAGGAUUUAAUAUUGAUGAUGUAAUACAGUGUUUCCCCUAGAAUUGUGUGUGUGUGUGUGUGUGUGUGUGUUACCCCCACUCUCUUGCCACUCCAGGAGCUACGCUGUUACAUUUGCGUUACAUUACCCGCGCUACUCGCUGUUCCGUGUAUACGCUUAAACGUUACCCUUCACAUUAAUGAAAGAGGGUCGGACAGGAUUUGAUGCGCUCGUUGAUGACUCAAAACAAGUUGAAAACAACGUUGUGUGUUGUUGUGCUCACACAGUGCGAGUAGAAAUCAUUUGUGCUGCAUUGAUAUUAAUGCUACUAAUGCUAUUAAUGCUACUCGCUAUAUAGACCGUGUAUAAGCUUGAACGUUACCUUUCACGUUGAUAGAGGAGGGUCCGACAUGAUUUGAUGCACUCCUUGAUGACUCACAACAAGUCGGAAAUAAUACUGAUAUUGAUGAUGAUCAUGUGAAAUUUCAGUAGCGGCGCACAUAAUUAUGAAUGUAGGGAAAACACUGCUGAUACAUAUGAGCCCGAGGUAGAGCUAUGUGAGAUAAAAACUAAUAUUUUUUUAGGUGUGGCGGCUUUUAUUUAGCCGUGGCGGUGCGCCACGAUCAAUUGCAUGAAGGGGAAACCCUGUAACAUCAGUAUUGUUUAGCUGACUAAUCCAGAAUGCUUAUAUGAACAUUUUUGCAGUUUGUUUACCAAUUUGAUGAUAAGGGAAGUCAAGUCAAGUCAACUUUAUUUAUAGAGCACUUUAAAAAACAAACAAAAUUUGAGCCACAGUGCUUUACAGCAGGACAAUUUGGAACAGAAUUUGAUUGAAAACAGAACAUUAAAAAAAAGCACACUCAAUGAUAAGUUAAAAAUAUACAGAUAUACUUUACACAAAGGAGAAACAAGUAUUAAUUAACACUGUUAUGGACUUCUUCACCUACCGGAAUCAAGUAUUUAAUAUAGGAAAGCUUGGAGGGUGAUUUAUUACCCUCAGACAUAGCUAGGCCAAAUAGCCAAACUUUAGCUUCACAUUUAAUGACUGUAGGGACGUGCUAGUGUUAUUAUUCAACUGUUUUUAACUCUAAAGACCAAACAAACCCAUCCUCAACAAGGCUGAUCAUUUCUGUGUUAUCAUUUCUAAUGCUUGAAACCAUUGUAAGAGGGUAGGUGUCAGAUCACAUGAUGAACAGCAAGAUGAACCAGUAGUGUUUUACUUUUUAUGCAGCUAGCACUCUCCGUGAGUGAUACAUUUCACUCAUAAAAACAAUGCAUGUACUUUUGCAUGCAUAGGGCAAGAUUUGAGGGCUUUAAUGACACAAAUGAAAAGUUCUUUACUGCAGCUUUAAUACUGUUAAAGACAGCUUUAUAAACCAAAGACGCUCUCAUGUAAUUUUUACCUUAGUUGCUGUGAAAAUGCUUCUCUAGAUUAUUGUUUGUCUAAAGCAUCCAUUUCUAUCGGUUCUGUUACUCUGUCUCUGCCUCACUAUGCUAAAAUAUUCAUGAAUGCCUGAUGUAGAAAUCUUUAGAGGUUAACCCUGGAAAACCUGCCUUGGAGAUAAAGAAUCUCACGGUGACAAGAGUCAAAAUGAGGUACCGGACCUCUCACACUUCAGGUUUUAAGGGUCACUCACAGCUCUUGGUGCUCUGUUUAAAGGUUAAAAAAACAGUUUUACUGAUAACACGCUUUGAUUCAGAGCCAGUUUUCAGAGAGACAUUCAUUACAGUGGUAGUACGGUAAUGACAACAAAUGAAUUCGAUAACUGGCGAACUGUGGUGUGCAACGGAUAGCUGUCAGUGAUAAUUAAUUCAUCCUGCAGCUCUGUGGAUCAAAACGGAUGGCCUCGAGUGUAUAUCAGCUUGUUUAUGUGAGACGGAGACGGCUAUCAAUAUUCUUCUCUUGACUGAAAAUGAUUUUUUUUGUAACACUAUAUAUGAAGCAUCCCAAAUGAAAGUUUCAUUUGUUUUUUUUUUCUUCCUCCAUUUCAUUUUUUCAUUUCUUCGGUUCAGGAAUGCUAAUCAUCGCAGGUGUACGUGAGGUGGGAUUUAAAAGCAUGGAUUAUCUCGAAAUGAUAUACACACCACUUAAAUUGCCAGUCACACACUCAUUUGCAUCACAAAAGAGGAUAAGCCGGAGCAAAGUUUAAAGUCAACUUUAAAUUUGCCAAAUUUUCCUCAGGGCGUUUUGAUCAAAUCGUUAAAGGAGAUAAAGAAGCUUUCCAAAAAAAUACGAUGCAGAUGCUGGCUUGAAGAAUGAGCUCCAUCUCUCUGACUUCACCUUGUUUUUCUCUUCCAGGAGUUUCUGACUGACAACAUCCUCACUGUGAUUACCGCCCGACACUUUUCAAGAUCCAAGAUUUGGCUGUGAGUAUCUUCAACCUGUGGAGAUAUAAUGUGCAUGAGUCCUGGCUCUGGGCCAAUACUGUGAAUACUUAAAGAUUGUGCGAUACAGAGAGAGAGAGAGAGAGAGAGAGAGAGAGAGAUGGAGCAGAGGGGGGGAGAUGAUGGGAAGAGGGAGGGAGGGAGGAAGGAAGAGGAGGAGAUUCUCCACUUCAUCAGAGCAGUCCAGUGUCAUUGCAGUGACCGUCCUCUUUAGAGGAGACAGAUCACUGCACAUUGUGAGAUGCCUCCAUCCUCUGCAGAAAUACCAUCGACUCCUCACUAUUGCAGAAAUCCAGCCCUGCCUCCGCUCUCUUCCUGUCCACUAAAGGCAUGGCCCAGAUGGCGGCCCGUCUAUGGCUGGAUGCUUUCUGAAACUGUCCUCUAAUAUAACACUCUGAUGAGCUGUGGGGCGAAAAGAGGGGAAUUAUGUUUGUCGUCAUUAACGGCUUGGUAGAUAUGGAUUGUUGUGGAGUUAUUUACACUUCAUGCCAGUUAUUUCAGAGGCAUCUAUCUGAAGUAAUCUUAGAAUCCAAGAAUGAAAUCAGCGCAGAGCUGCAGUGUGCGUAAAUAGAUUAGUGUCUUGCGUAAUCACAUGUUUAGACUCCACUAAAUGUCGGCAUGAAACGUUCUGUGUUGGGUUUUCCCGACUCGCCCAUCUGUUCCUGGAAGAGCCCAGCCUGUGCCAGGGAGAAGGGAGCCCACUGCGGUGUGCAGCGAGCCUGGAAGGCGUGGCGAGGAUGAAGGUCUAGCCCACUGUGAACAAGCAUGAUUUACUGUAGGAUUGGCUCCUCGUGCGCCCGUCUCCAUCACGCCCUGCACACUCCAGCACUCAGCUGAUUAAUCAGAGUCAUUUCAAUGAGUGAUGAAAGCUCCGGCACCUCAGGAGCUACAGAAAGCUAAUAAAACCCCAGCGGACAAUAGCCACGCCUGGGAGGACGCUGCCGACUGGCCGCUGCUUUUACACCAGCUCUUGUUUCUACAGCCAUCUGCCGUUAUUCAGCUCUCCGUGCCCUGCGUCAGCCUCAUCGUUAUUAACAUUGAUCAGCCCAGCGUCCAUUGAAUGAGAACUCACACCCCGGGGACUGGUGGGGGGACAGUUUGUUGUUUGAAUAUGCAGCAUCAGAGGUUAAAGCUUUUAAAAGAUGCAAAAUGAUGUUUUUCUAGAGCAACUGGAGAUUUAUCUUUAUCACUAGGGUCUGGAAGGAAGCCACCACCGCUGAGUGAAUGCUUUACAAAACAACACAAAAGCCUGUCGACGCUUUCAACAGCAGAUUUGAAGAAACAUUUGCAUUAAUUUGCAGUUGCAUUUCAGCCACAGAGGGAAUUUCCAAUUUCCCUCAGCUCAUAAUAGAAAUAUUUAGCAGCUUAUGCUCCCGUUUGUUCACCAGCUUGGAGCAAACUCUGUCUGAUUGGUGCUGAUCUGGUUCUGUACUUUGGCUUUUUGAAUCUUUUUUUACUUCAAAUAGAUAAGUGCUUCCACGAAAUUGGCACUGUGAGUCUUUAGUUAGAAAGUUUUAGAAGAAAAUAGUAAGAAAUCAAAACAGUCCACCGACAGACACGUCAGUGGGCUGACGAUUUAAUGGACAUAGCUGACAGUUUCUCUUUGAGUUUGUCAUCAUGAGCAUCUAUUUCUUUUUGCGUCUUUUUCCUUCAACUUCUAAAGAAAUGCUUAUUUGGUGCGAGAGGUGCAUUAGGCCGCCAUGAUGCACCCGUAUGUUUCUUUAGCAGCACAUAACGAACAAACUAGUUUCAUACACAUUUCUGUUUUUCGAAAGUGGCAGAGGAAGAUGAUGAAGUAGAAGGUGAAUAAGAAAAGAGAGGUUGUUGCUGUGCUCAAAGGAGAUAUUUUAUUGAUAGACAUGUUUGAUGGUCAAACAUGACAAAUGGAGAUUCAUACUUAUCAUGCAUCACAGGAGCUUCUUGUCCUUGACGACUUCAGCGGCUAGAGCUGGAGAGCGAUUCAAUCGAGUAUCUGACAGCAAGAUAUCGCUAUAUAAAUAUUAACAUUUCUAGACUCUGUAUCUUUAAUUGAUGACUUUGAAAAGCCUGAAAUUAUGAGUGUGUUUGGCUGUUUGUAUGUAUGUUAGCCAUGUGAUAGACUUUGGAGCUUUGGUUAUUUUUUGGCAACAUCAGAAAUUCCAAAGACAUGUAAAGGGUAAACAAAUAGGAAGAAAUGAGGGUAGGUACAUAUAAGCUAAAAAGCUUCGACCUACUCCUUUUCGAUCUCCAAAAAUAGAAGGAAUUCCUUGUCUAAAAUUGUACUGUAUGCAUAUUUGAUCGAAUAAACAAUACAGUGCAAUACUACUGACUUGUCCAGGGUGCGCCCUACCUCUCAGGCCUAGCAUAACCCCGAUUUGAAUAACCUGUAUAGCUAGUAUCCUGCAUCCACUGAUUUAGGCAGAAUUUUGUUGGGAAGUUCUUGCAAGUUCUUGCAAGUUCUUGCAAUACCGCAAUUCAAACAUAUCUUGCAUACAACAACACUUCAGGGGAAAUAGGCCUUAUGCACAACUCAAGUAAUCCAGGAAUUGAUGUUUCUUCAUGAUCAGCAACCAUCUAAAUAGUUGUUGAUAGGGGUUGGAGAAAAAGAUUGAUACAGCAUAGUAUUGCGGUAUUUUGUCUGGUGAUAUAUCUCAUUGACCAAGUAACAAUUUUUCAAAUUAAUUGCUAAUAUGAAGUUAAAUCUUUGAUAAUGGAAAAGUAAAAUCAACGGUUUGUCCAGUGAGGUUGGCAGAGGGGACAUCGUAGAGCAGGAGAAAGUUAGUACAACGAAUACAUGUGAGGUUUGCAAGAAGUACUACAUGAAAAUUAAAUAUUGUGUCAAUAAGACAAACUUAAAGGAAAGACAAAUGCUAAAUUGACUGAAAAAUUGUAUAAAUCGCAAUAUAUCGUAUCGCAAUACUCACUGAAUUGCAAAAUGUUAAAAGUAAUAUCAUAAUAAUCAUAAUAAUAUCAUAUUGUGUCCCAAGUAUCGUGUUGAUAGUGUGUCAUGGGGCCACUGGUGAUGCCCACCCCAAGAUCUUGUCACAGUUUAUUUGUCGGAACCUGGAAAUAUUUGACAUUUCUUUAAAUUAGUUAAUCAAUAAUCAACAGCAAAGUAUUUAAUUGCAUCCAAGGACACAAGGAUUAUUUUAUAUGCUUAUGGUUUUGUGAAAAUGGCCACCAUUGCUGUAAAGGAACUAUCUUAUGCCUGAGCUAACAUUCCCUUUACAGUACGUGCAAUUACACUCCUGACAAGUGGUAUUUUUUCCUACAGCUUCGAUUUUAUAGGCGGCACCCUUUCAAUCUUUCGCUGUUAUCACACAUAUUGUAACAGUUUCUGAAUAGCAUGGGAUGGAUCCACCCUCUCUCUCUCUCUCUCUCUCUCUCUCUCUCUCUUUCUGCCUGAUCUAAAAUAGGCCAACACAAUGAAACACAAAGAAUAUCAUUGUUGCACCUCCUCACAUCUGCCGCACCACAUCCCAGCACAGCCACAAAAAACAGAUUUAAUCCCUCACAACCAGCCACAGUGUUUCAUAUUUCCCACUCACACAUGAAGGCAGCAUCUACUUGAAAGACGUGGAGAUCAGUGCCGCCCCUCGCAAACAUAAAUCUUCAGAUUUCACACAAUUAAAACAAACGUGAGAUGUUGUAUGAUGGCAUAUGCUCUGUGUCGUUUUUUAUGUAAAUGUAGUCUUCUAAACACUCUGAAGCCGCCUGUCUGUUAAACGUCUUCUCUGUCUCAGUGAAACAGUUACCUUGUUAAAACACAGACAUGUAGCUUAAAUCAAUGCACAGAAAACAAGCAUGUGAUUUUAUAGAGUAGUCUGGAUGGCAGUGCAUCUUAAUAGCUUCCUAUAGUCAUUGACUGGCUGGAUUUAAUAUGGAACGGAUAGCUCCAUGCAGUUAGUCUCCACAACACGCCCGCCUUAUUAAAUAUGUAUUCAAAGAUGCACUGAAUAUCUCUGGAGCGUUGGCCUGUUUAGUUCAAAGUGAGGUCUGAUGAUGGAGUCUUUUUUCUUCAAUGAAAUUAUGCUGAUUAUUACAAAAUUAUUGGCGUAUUUGCAGUCUGACGUAACAGCGGUCCUCUGCAGAAUAAGAAUCGUGUUGAGCGGCGUUUAUAUUUUCAUGUGUGGAUGCAAACCAGUAUGUCUCUGUGUUUCAUGUCUCGUGGGACAGGUCCCAGUGUUUCUCACCAUGGGUUUACCCAGCAUGCUAUGAAUCUCAGCUGGAUCGAUAUCCCGUUCCCACUCAGACACUGAAUCAGACCCUGUCUGUGUUUCAGGGCACUGAGCUGUAAGAUCCAUGUGGAAAAUACUGCACAAAGUAACAGGCUUGACUGGCUCUCACAGAUUCAAUAACAGGACCUAAAUGUCAGUCCACAUUGUUGAUGAGGAAGAAACAGAAACCAUCAGGCCUUAUUUAGUCUGUGGAAGAAUGGCGUUUUACUCCCACCUCAUACAAAAACAACAUGGAGGUAUAAAAGUAUACAAGAGGAGCUGAAACGGUCUACUCUGCAAACCUCAAGGUGGUUUUUAUUUGCUGUCAAGAAGCUGAUAGAAAAAGAAGUAAAAAAAUGGAAAUGGAUUGAUCAUGCUAACAAGUAUUGACCAUGAGGCUGAAGCCUGGUUUAGCUCAAUGCGCUGAGGUGCAGAGCAUCACUGUUUUCCAAAAAACACAUCAGUGAGUCAAAACACUUCAGUGAAUAUCUUCUCCUCUUUAUAACAGAGUGCUGCUGUUUUAAUAGACGCCUAGAUAUGCAGUCGAUAAUGUAUUACGGACAUUUACUUAGUAUUUGAAUGAGUUUUUUCCCCAGUUAAAGCUAUGGUCUACGAUCUGAAAACCAGUUUGGCUGUUGAGACAUAUUUGAAGAACGCAGCCUGCUUCCGCUUCACUCACCCCUCCCCUCUGUGCUUCAAGAUCCCGCCCCCCCCAGCUCGUGUCGCCUCCUAACAACACGCCCCCUCCGAUAGAGCAAGAAGCCAAAUAUUAGCAGGGUGAAGUGGUUCUGGCGUCGCCACUGCUAGCCGGUCAGAGCAGAUCCGAGCCGAUUGUGGGCGAGGCUUUACCUUUCUCGGCCUGUUUUCACCAGCUCAGUUUAUAAUGCUAAAGAUACAUGGCUAACUUAUGAUAAGAUCUAUUGACAGAGCCUACCCGUUCCGACCAACUACGUUCAGUCAUUAGCCAGUAUAGGCACAGACUAACCAGAAUGAUUGAGCGGACACUUCCCACUGUAGUAAACAAAGUAAUUACCUGUUCAACAGAAAUUCAGCUGUCUUCUCCAAUGUAGACUAUCCGUUGGCACCUGUAUCGCUCAUAUUUCUUCCUUACCUCGAAACUUUUACGUUUCCUUCCCUUCGAUGUGGAGGGUAACAGAAGUGGCCUCCUUGUGUUUGUCUUCUCUGGCUCCAUUACGAUUCAGUGGCUGUGCAGCUCGCUAAUCACAUGUACGUGAGGGGGGUAGUGGGGAGGAGGCGGGACCAUGGGCGGUUCGGAUUGGUCGAUUAUUUUGCCUUUUUGCAGCGGAUAUACUGAAUGGGUUUUUUUCGUUCUUUUUGAUCUUUAUAUUGCGUAGAUCGGACCAUAGGACCAUAACGGCCUUAUAAACGGUGUUAUUGAUAAGUAGCUUCCAAAUGGUAGACCAUAGCUUUAAGUAAAGGUUAAUAAAUUUGUAGUGAAAUCAUUCCUAUUUAUGGGGUACAAACACAGAUUGUAAAGGGAGCAAAAGCACAAACGGAGGAGUGUUAAAACUCACACUGCUGGUUUUGAUGUUUCCAUCAGAUUUGUCGAAAAUAAGAAACAAUGAAAUACCGCCAGCCUCUUCCUUUAUAGUAACAAGGCUAUGCCCCAGUCAUUUCUCCUUAUGUGAGUACUAUUAAGACAGCUUUACCUUCCCUAUAAUUACCCGAUCACUACCAAUUCAAAACCAGCAGCCAUACAUUACUGCCUCGAACCAUUGCGGAGAAGAAGGAUUGCCGCGGACAGCGAACAAAUUACAUUCUCCCCUCCAGUUGUAUGUUUUGAAAUUACGAGAAGCCAUCUCUCCUUCUCUUCCAUUUUUAACAGAUUGAGACUUUAUUGAUUUUUUGUUCAAGCGCUCAUUGCCGGCCAAUGAGGAGGGUGAUUCACUUAGGGGACCAUGAUAAUUCUCGGUGGCACACAGUAAUACCCGAAGGGCUCCAAACUGUCUGGUUGAGGGUUGGUGUUAAGGGGAAAGGGUGCGUCACAUCUUGUCAUUAAAAGAGCAGAUUUAAGGGGAAGUAAGUAAAAAGGGGGAUUGUGACGCAUUCAGGGCUAAAGGGAAAGGGUGCCUUUGCUGAUUAUAAACCAAUUUCAUUACUUCUUGUUAGCUUUUAAGCUUUUUUUGACUUUUAAACCCUUACAACCAAGACAGUGUUAGAUAGAGAGGUUGCCAAAUCUAAAAAAAUAAAAACUGCUCACACAUUGAUAUCUAUAUACACCAAAUCCUGCUUGCCUUUGUGCUGUUGUCCGUGGAUUAAAACCUCCCCUGAUGGCAGUGGGAGUGGUGCAAUUCCAAAGUCAUAACUCGGAUAAAUGGAUAUAGACGGUAAGACUGAAAAAGAGACUCAGCAGCCGGCUUCUGCUGCGAUAAGCACACAGCAAAUGACAGCCUGUCUUUCUCCUAUUAUCUAGAGGUCUCCGCUACAGUAUGUGAUGCCUUUUCCUCUUAACUUAUUUACAUUCACUCUUUUUUUCAUGCAGAUGCAGCCUUGUUAGCACAGGCACACGUCUGGAGCUCGUAGGAGUCCCUGAGCGGGGCUGCAGUUUGCAGGGUUGGGUGGGUGGGUGGGUGACUGUCGGCCGGUGGAACAUAUGGAUGCUUUUGGAUUGCCUCUCAUGUAGUGGACCGGGUCACAUAUGCUGCAUAAGGCACCUUGUGAGCUGCAUCUCAAAUCAGCAGGCUGAGUAGUUGAGGGGCUAGAGAUGGAAGACAGAGAGAAAGCGAAAAGGGGGGGAAAGGAAGGAGAGGAGAGGAGAGAGGAAGGGAGGGGAGGGGGAUCCUUUCAGUGACAGAGAUAGAAAGAGUGGAGAGAGAGAGAGGCAGAGAAGGGGGAGGAGGGGAUUGAGCGAAACAGAGGUGGGGGUAGUCACCAACAGAAUGAGUGAGCGUGUGUGUGUGUGUGCAUGUGUAUGGGAGAACAAGUAGUGCUGCAGUGGAAACAGUGCGUAGAGGACUGCAGUUUCUGGUGCUGAUGGGAGAGCGGUCGAGGGACGUUAAAAAGGCUCUGUAACGUUAACCCUCAAUGCCCGUUUGGUGAAUGGGUUAGUCUGUUGUGGACAGCAGGAUUACGGAAUUACGGUAGUGCUGGUAAGGGUGUAUUUCAACUCUCCUCUCAGCAUUGCUUCAACACUUCCUUUGAGCUUUCUGGAUUGGAGCUACACGCAUCUAAAGCUGGGGGUUGCUGCAGUAUCUGAGCGUUUUUACAGGCUGUAUCUUCUCUCCUUUUUUUGCUACUAUACUCCAGGUGCUGUGUGCAUGUUACUUCCUCAUGCAUGUGCUCCAAAACUUUCAUAAUUCAUUGUGAGGGGGAAUACUGAACAUCCUCCGGGUCCUAAUCUUCCCCAGCAUCCAGCGAUGGAUCUUGUCUUCGUGCAAUAUGUGUGCAAUCUGUCAUGGUUCCACAUCAGGCACUGUUUGCAGCUCUGGAUCUAGAUUAUUCUCAUUGAUCAUGCCUCAUUUAGCUUCGCCUGGUGGGUGUAGUACCUCUUUUCCUGGAGAGUGUCCAGGAGGCUGCCCUGCUGACAGAUGCUUUGCUUACUCCUCCAGCCACACCAGCAUCUCUCACGACUUCCCCGAAGCCCUGAGAUAAAAAAAAACAACAAACAAACAAGUGAAGCUAAGAAAAGAGAUACCUCGGGUCUGCUGUGGUGCAUCUGCAUUAAAACCCAAACAGACACCAGGCAGGGGUGCUUUUUACCUUCUACCUAGACAUAAAAAGGGACUGACAGUUGUGCUGAGGAGUAUACAGAGUAGAGGGUGGGGAUUUUUAUAAAGUGCUGCAGGAUGCUUUUUUUUCUGCUGUCUCUCGUGGGACGUACAGCACAGGCAGCACCGAGGUGACAGUACAAGGACAAAACCUAUCCCAGGCUGCAUGUACCUAUUUACCACCUAAUUCUGACUCCUGCUUGUCUCUUUAUUAGAACAUCAGAGUUUUCAUUACAUCCAAUUUAAUUCCAUUUCAUUAUAACAACCUGAUUGUGUGGAAAGAUAGGGCUUUAUUUUCGAAGAGUUAUUGCAAAAGGGAGUUGUUUCAUGCUCCUGUGGAUCUCUCAGGGUGCCAAAACAAGUCCAAAUAUAACAAGUUUUCCCAUCAUGCUCAAAGAGAAUCAUUUAUUAUUCUGCCUCCACAGUGCUGGAGUAACAUCCUGAAAUAUCAACCUGCUUUCUCUCCUCUCUCUGGCAUUGUACUGAUCAUACAGUCAGUGGUUUCUAUUUGGAGAAGUCAUAUGAUCACAGGGGUGGAGUAAACAAACGCACUAUGCAGAAUGUGAGGGAUCAUGUUAAAUGUACACACAGCUGGGUGUGUACUGUACCUGCAUACAUGCUUACACCUCCAGCGUCCAGGAGGCUGUUUUGUCACUGAGCAUGCUCUGAAGGUUUCUAUUUUUCCAUCAGGCGGUGAAACAUUCAUGCAGGCUCAUUAAGUCUGUACCUCAGGCGGCCGCUCCUAUUUGCUCCUACCCUGAGAAAUACUCUCUGAAUCUCUCAUACAUAACCAGAAAAAUGAGAGGAUGCUUUGAAGUUCACCAAUCUUAUUCCUUUUCCUUCUUCUUCUCUGUGUGUGCUCCCUCCAAGAAGGCAGCUGGCGCCUGAAGCUGGAACAGCUCAAACAAGAAGAGAAAGACAAGAGGCUUAUUCCAACCAGGCAGCCACCUAGAGUGAUUUGCUUGAGUGGGUGUCCCCUCUUGCACCCACAUCACCCUUUUCUUUUUCCACUUCCUGCUGCUUCAUUAGUUUGAAAUAACUCCUUCCUGCUUGUGUUUUGAAGCAUCCCAGACGCAGCAGCUCGUUCAGAAUUACAUUACCGCCUAUACAGGACUCCAGGAAUGAGUCAGUGAUUUUCUCGUGGACACAUUAGCAAAAGUACCCGUGCAAUUGCUCAGCUGCUGUCAGUUUCUCACUCCAGGUGAGAAGCUGAGUCUUCCCAGUCUUGGCCUCGGCCCAUUUGAUGGCGCGUUGCUGGCAGGCGAUGGCAGAGAGCGUCAGUGUUAAACGUUCAGAUGCUGUCACCAGUCACGGCCUCCUACAGGGCUGAUGGCAGCAUUUUCACCACUCUUUAAUCUGUAGAGGAAGAAAAAAAAUAUGCCAAUUUCUCUUCUGAGACCUCUGGCAGCACUUUUUCCCCUCCUCUUGGAAGAGUGGAUUUGUGACGGUCAGAGAGAGUUUAACACGGAGCAGGGUACCACUUUGCCGUGGAGACUAAAUGAAAUGGAAUUAAUUUCAGUGUGUUUCAUCAUUCUGGAGAUGUUUGUGUAACACAUUCAAUGUUGGUGUCAAAUCUUUGAAUUCACGCUUAGAAAGAAACACAAAUAUUCAGCUGUAAGGGAGGUAAGGGUUUGGCUUUGAGAUGCCUUUUUAACCUGGAAAAGGUAAACAAAACCACCUGCAACAACACUGAUAUUUUUUUAAAUUCUAAUUUUUCGUUUGUUUGGGUAGUUUUGCUGGAAAGGCUGAAAGAAGACAGUGGAGGAGAACAUCUAGCAAACAUGUUGUAUGAUGUACAGUUUUAGGUCUAUGUCCUAAUUGUUUCUGAAGCAGAGUUUUGAAGCCUAUUCACUGCAGUUGCCAUAUUUGUACUGCUGACUCAACCUAACCUGAGGUCAUCCUACCAGAGGCGGGCCUUUAGCCUUCUUGUAAAUGACUGCAGUGUGCCGGCCUGUCAAUCAAGUCGACUGUGCCUCUAAUGCACCACUCUUGUGACCUUAAGAUCUUCAAGAUGAAUGUGAUACAAAAAGAAAAAAUCAUUUCCCAUUUACCGUGAAUGCCAAGGGAGCCUUGAGCCGUUCAGGGUGAGACAGUUUUUUGAGGUAGUUUAUGGAGGUGUUUAUUUUAGACCCAAAAAUUGGCUUUAUUGGCUCAGUUUGACAAGGUCGUCUUCACUUGGCAGCAAAGGAUUUUAUUAUCAUGUCAGCCACUGCUGCAACAAUGACUGUAGCCUCUAUUCAUGGGGUGCUCAGUGCCCUCUUAUUCUUAUCUUUAAUGCCUGGAUCCGCUGUGAGAGGGCGCCAAAAUCAACACAAACAGAAAGUCUGUCACAGGACUUUAAAGUAGGAUUUUAUUUGAGACGCACCAUUGAUUUUUAUCUGAGCCAAUCCGAUACUGAUACCUGGGCUGAGCGUAUCAGUCGAUAUCCGAUACCUGUCCAAUACUACUGUUGAAUGAAUGAACUGCAUACCUUUUCUUGUGAGUGAAGGCAUCAGGCUUGACAUUAUCCCUGUUAAAAAAGGUAACAAAUAACACAGAUAUAAAUUUACUUAAUAUUAUUCAUUAACAAAUAACAAGUUGACCUUGUUGGUCUUUUAUUUGGUUUUACACUAACAGGGCUGAGAUGACCCACAUCUCCUGGGGGUGAUAAGGUUCAUUUUGACACUUGAAUGUCUCUUGAUAAAAAAACAAGAAAUUGAUGAAUUGAUACAAAAACCAGAAGUUAAGGUGACUGAGUGCUGGUCAGUUUCCUCUUUAACCCUGGUUGUUUUACAUGUUUAACAAACAUUCUUAAAAUGUCAUUAAGGAAUCUUUGGAGGUAUUGAUCAGUAAAUUUGUUUUUUCUAACCUUUGGAGUGAGCAGGCUUGCAGUUUCCCCAGGUGUCUCACUAUUUUUGGUAAGCUAAUUAGUUGCUGGUUGUAGCCUGAUGGUUGAAAAGACAAAUAAAUGGUUCAAAUCUUGUCCUGAAACUUUCCACUUUAAAGUAAAUACAGCCAUUUCUGAAAAUAUCCACACUGCAGUUUAAAUCGAUGGUUCCCCUAAGUUGAGAAACAUGUUUUGACUCCCCGAGCUGCUUUCCUCAUAUUUUCCUGUUCUUUAAAUCUUGGCAGAUGUGUCCUAUCUGCAGCACCGCAGAAGCUCUCCUCGUCUUUCAAAUUUUCUCCUCUCGGCUUUACAUGCAGAUUGGGUCACUAUCUGUGUGACAGAAUGAUUAAUCGACCUAUCAGGGGACAGGGAAAGGGGCUGCGCUAAGAGGGGGGGAGAGGGAGGAUGUAUGGCAACUGAGUGUAAAUGAUCCCUGCAGCUCCUCGCUCUGCAUUCAAACCCUGGCGCCUCCCACCUCCCUUUAUAGCAUCCCUCUUGAUAAUAGCUGAGUCACAUUCAGCUGCAGGUGAGAAUAAGCAUUGUUUUAUCUACACAAGCAGGUUCCUAAAUGAGCCUCUCUGGGCCGCCCUCCUGGGUCGGCACACAAUGAGAUGUAUGAGGAAGAGGCUCUUCUCCGUGAGAUGAUGUGCGAGGCUUUUUGACAUCCUUAUCUCUGCAGCUGCCCUCAGAUUAGCGGUGGCAACCAGCAGGAUUUCCUGAUGCACUUGCGAUUAGUUGACAAAAAGCUGUAAUUGCCCUGUUGACAUCUCUGAUUGAUGGUCACGCUCUUUCUUGUGGAUGCUUGUAUUGUGCGUGUUUGUAUUCGCAGCGUUUGUGCAGCCUUGAGGCUAAACACAGGGGUUUGAUACCUUUGUAAACUUCCCGUCCUGGAUGGUUGCAUAAGCAGUUCUGCUGACCGUGGAGCAAAUAUGUAAAUGUUACAACGCCACAUAGAUCUCUUGAAACCCUAUCAUAGGCCGGAUUCAACUUUUAUUUAAUCAUUUGAGGAAAACAAACAGGGAGAUUGUUGUGAUAAAUUGCCAGGCUUUUUCAUUUUUAAGAUAUAAAAAAUCUGUUUAACUGUUGCGCCACCGCUAACAAAAGGCUAAUUAUAGUUUGAGGCCAUUCAGCCCAAAUUAAACCAAACAAAAAAAGGCAUACAACUGAACAAGCAAGAUAGUUGGCAGGAUUUCGCUGUUAAUCGAAGUCAGUGCCUUGUUAGAUUAAUUAAAUGGCUUAAUUACUGUUUAAGUCACAGAAAAAAAAACAUCCUGACAGUUGUUUGGCAUGUUCCCGCAGAUGCAUUGUGGCAGCAAAACCGAAGGCUCUUGGUUUCGAGUUUCAGAAUCUGGCUCAGGCGUGCGUUUUACACCACGAGCUGUGACUUUGGAUUCGCCAGGGCUUUUUUUUUUUUUUUUUUUUGUCAGACUCUUGGCUCGCCGCUGUAAAAUGACAAAAGAUGAAGUGUUCUUGUAACUACAGAAGGCUACCUUGCAGAUAUACAUCUUUGCCAGACACUUGGCAUUUGUCUGACUCUGCAAGCCAGCUGCAGGAUGAGUGCAGCUGCAGGACAGUGCUGACAUUACGAGCACUGCUGAUGAAGAAGAGAUAGCUUUGUGCAGAGUGGCUCAUAUCAGCAAUAAAAGGUAAAAGGCACAAUAAGACGCAACAAUCCAGACCUCCUUUACAGUUUACGGCUUUGUUUAGUCAGGUGGCUCCCAAGAAAGUUACUGUUUCUUUGGGGAUUUUUGAUGUAUUAAGUAAAUUUAUAACCUAAGUAACAAGCCACUGUAAGGUGAUUUGUGUUGCAAAGUGAUCUGCCGUGUCGUGCAGAGGAGAAAAUGGCGUCACCUGUGUGGAUGUUUAUCAUUGUUUCAAAGGAGGAUAACGUGACCGCAACUUGCAAAGUAUGUGCCGCUAAUAUUGCAAAAGGGAAAUGUCCACGGGUUUAAUACAAAUGUCUUUUUAGUCACUCUUUAAACCAGAAUCACAGAUAUACUGAGAAAGUACAAAACAACAGCAGCCACAGCUAGCAUUAGCACCACUUAAAACAGUCAGCGCUGGGCCACAAAUGGUCUUGUGGUGAUGUAGAGGCACGUGUAGAGGCUGUGGACCUCUUUGCAGGUUUGAUUGGUUAGAUUUCCUGCCACAACCAUUUGCUAUGUGUCCUCCCCAGUCUAUACUCCACACGUUUCCGGUCUCUCUUUAGCGGUCCUGUCUAUAAAUGCAAAAAUGCUCAAAAAUAUAACUUUAAAAAACAAAGAUUACUGUCUAUCUGAUUUUGAGAAGUGGAGAAGGUUUCCAGAGAAAACCUUAGAGCCAAAAAACAAUGACAGCCUCAUUAAAUCUACAUCAUGAGAGGAUCCAGGUAGGAGACAAAGAUUUUUCCAAUUUAUGGUGAAUUUAAAACUGCGACUUUGUAUAUGCCUGCCUGAUCUUUAGACAUAUUCACAGCCUGAUCCACAGCAAACAGCUAAAAAAUCUCCUUGAUGCACAGCCCUACUUUUCAUACUUUCAUCUCUAAUUUAGAAUAACUUUAUUACUCUGAAUCUAAACAACUCAUCUCCUUGAAAAAAUGAAGCCAUUAAAAAUCAAAUAAGGAAACUGUCGUGAAUUACGAUGGAUUUGGUCCUUUUUAAGAGCUCAUGUUGGGUGUGUUGCAUUUUUAUUUUUGACUUUAACCACUGCUCUUUCUUUGCAAGUUUUUCUCUCAAAACAGAGAUUUAAAUCUGGUUAAGUCAAGAUUAAAUAAAGAAAACUAGUAGCCCUCUGAGCAAAAGACAGCUAAGAGACAUCUAAUUUUUUAUUUUAGACCUAAUUUCAACCGUCUAGAUUCUGGAAUGGAAUCCAGACGUUGCACUAUGAUCCAUUACUGGAUAACUAUUUAUUUCAAAAAUCAACUGUGAGUUGCAUAACUGAUCUCCAAGUACUUAACCAAAAUAAUUAUGAUAGCUGUUGAGCAAUAUACAGUGUAGUAUCGAUAUAGCCCAGAUUUAGACUUGGUCUAAACUUGGUCUAAAUUUAGACGUCUAAAAAAACUUUCAGUUUUAGACCUGUGGUAGCCUGAUUUUAGACCAGUCGUCUAGACUACAUUUAGACAUCUGUUAGACCUCUUAGACCAAAAAAUGCUCAGUGCGAGUUUUCAUCAAGACUAAAUAAUAGACUCAAACUAUGGAGUUAGCAUCUCUCAUCUCCUCACAUUUAGAAUAACAUCUAAGUGAAUGUUGAUCAGUAACACGUUGAUUUAAUACACAGACACGUUUGCAAUCACUGUUUCCCUGUCAUAAAAAUAUUUUUUUUGCACAUACAACUAAAUACUCUCUCAGGUUGGACUUAAGCCAAAUCCUAAAUAGUGUCUCAUCCAUCAGUGGUAAAUAACAAGCAAAGCAGCCAUCAGUAUCUCCCCCCCUGUAAUCCUAUUAAAACUUGGCCAAAAUGAGACCAUUACGACUGCGGGAGCCCCAAGUCCAUUUCAGCAGGGGUAAAUUACCAUAGAGUAGCAAGAGUUCAGGAACAAAGCUGCACAUUAUCUCUAAUUGAAACAACUCCACCAUCUCAGCUGAGCUCCCUGACUGGAGUAAUGCUCCGUCUGAUGGAUCUAAUAAAAUACAAUGCCUCUUUUUUUUUUCUUAAUGUUCCUGUACAUGUGUUUUUAGCUGAAAUAGAGUCCGGACAAAUCAGAGGUCAGCUGUGACUCAGCUGACUCAGCUCAGUCGUGCCUUCCCGCUUUCUGCAAGUGUGUUUAUCAUCAACUCAGGUUGCACGUCUUUGAACAAUUAUAUCCUCGAUAUCUUGGCAAGUUGGCCCGCUACUUAAAAUAGCUCAAUGGGAUCAGAUGAAAGAGUCACUCAGCAUGAAGAGGAGAAAAUACAGAUAUAGAGCGCACACACAUGCGUGGCCUCAGAUGGAGAUAAUCUGCCCCGCUGCGUAAGAAAUACCAAUUUGCAUAUAAGUUGCGUCGUGCUCAAUCCCAAAUUAUCAAAUUAACAGUCUUCCUACUACUUCUGCUCCAUUUUUAAAUAACAUACUGAGGCAAUCACAGCACUGAGACUUAGAGGAAAUGAAGCCGCACAGGAUGCUCAGUUAGAUCGGCUGGAGGCCAAGCAAUCCACCCACCCACGCAUAACCCGUAAUGUCACAGAUGGCGGAGGGCCACAGUGGGAGCUGAAUCAUUCCACCGGGGUCAUAUAAUUCCGUGUCUUCAAGGACUCCAGGUUGUCUGGUGGCUUGUGACGAGUUAGCAGCCGUUUGCUCAUUCUCUUUUCUUUGAAUUCGGCAACCUUUUCACAGCCCCUAAUAUUCAAUACUUAAUUUGCCGCCCCACUGCUCCUGACUGUUGCUCCGGGCUGGAGUCACAUGACCCCCCAUGACCAGUUUGUCACCUUAAACAGACAUCGUUUCAAGACAUUCAAAGGGUUUUAAAUCAUUCGUUAAAAUUAAAAAAUCUAUAAAAAUAUAUACGUAAACCAGCUCUUUGCUAACAGCUGUGUUAGCUGCUAUGAAGUCAAGCACAAAGAGCCUGAGGGGGAAAAAGGACUCUGCCGUCUGGCUCCAGGUUGAUAAUUAAUUGCUUUUCAGGUUCCUUGUUCUUGUGUAAUGAAACAGCUGCAUGACUUUAGCUCACUCUCCUUGGGUUGUUUUCUCUCGGAUCUGACCUGGGUGUUAAUAAGCCCCCCAUUAAAACAACCCCCCUCCCAGCUCGUGUCGUCUUAUCCGCGGGCAGGGGUUUCCUGUCACUUGAGUGGAUGUCACAAUGUGUGGGCAGUAGGUCAUCACACGCAUGACGUCAGAUGAACAAGGGCAUUCCCAAGUCAAGUUCUUCCAUAUGUGUAAGAGAUGUAGUUUUUCAUCGGAGGAGGGAGUUAGGUUGGAGAAUUUCGCCAGCGGGCAUGUUUAAGUGUUUCUUAUAGACAUGUAUUUCCUAUAAUGAUGAUGAACUGAACGUAUGAUGUGAUUAUCCUCAAAUGAGCGUGAGUGCCCCACACAUAUUCAUGUCUUUAACCCACAUUGAUCUAAAGAUAUAUGCAGAUUAAGCCUGUGAAAUAUACAUGAAAUUGCAACCCUAUAGCUUAGAGAGGCGAAGACGCCAAAGUCCAUCAGGGGAACCUUUUUUAUCCUGUAGUGUGAAGGUACAAAUCAUCAUCUUGUACGUUACAUCUAUACUACACGUCUCUAUAAGGAAGCUGCAGAGUAGAUGAGAUAGUUGAGUCUGACGUUUGGCUGUUUUGUCCCCAAUAUUGGCAAAGUUUUUCAUUCUACAGCCACUGUGUCUGUCACAUUUUCUGCUCAUGGAUUUCUCAGACUUCUUUGUAUUUUUUUCACAAAGAAGCGUAACAUUGGAUGGAUUUUUAUUUCUAUCGCGAAAAGACUGGAUGAGAAAAAAAGGAUUUUGGUCUUUUGAAAUGAAAAAGUAUUCAACUCAGAUCUUUUAUUUCUCCUCAGUGCAGGAGUAUUUUUUACAGAAACUGUAACCACCUGUCUUCACCUUCUUAUAAGCCAGUGGAGCUCAGACGUAUUUUACUUUAGUGUAACACAGAUUAACUGUUUAGUGUUCCUCCUGUGCUCAUACGUGGGAUUGCAGCAGCAUAUUUGUUUACGUUCUAAAGAUAGAAGUGCUUGAUCCCCCUCCAACUCCGAGCAGUGUGUUUAGUGAUAAGGACCGGAUCAUGCCCGUAGCUGCGCUGCUCUGGGCCAUGGAGCCGAGCCAUUUUGUUUCCACUAAUUCCGAUGACUCAAACACUAACGAAAUGAGACGUACAUUGGGAGAUGGAGCUGAAAAGUCCCGCACGAUUCAGUAAUUGAGAAUUAUGUGAAAUGCAUUUUGGAUAAGGGGUUCUAUUUAUAACUUUUAUUCACCCAAGGAGGGAAUCCAAGGAAACACCCCUCUCAGCAAUCACUUGAUUGUACCUGGAUGCUGUUCAGUCAAGCAACAGUCUGAUCCUUAGACUGUGCAGUGGAGCAGGUGGAGGUUAAGAGCCGAGCUCAAGGGCAUCUCAGUAAAGAGCAGCAGUCAUGUGGUGCUCUGUUUCUCCCUUUUAAGAUGUAAGAGGUGCCGCAGGGGUUCAAUCACCAACCUCCUAUUUUUAAGAAAUCAACCUGAGAUUAGCUUUUUGAUUUCAGUUCGUAGUUGUUGCAGCCAUUUAUCACCCUUAUUUAUUCAUAACUCAGUUUUCUUUUUGUUUCAUAUUUUGCUGUCUCAGCUCCAAGGAUGGCAGUGUUGUAUAGUGGAUGUGCUGCUUUUAUACAAACUGAAAUAUCUCAACAACUGUUUGAUGAAUUGCCAUAAAAUUUACAGAGACAUUCAUACUCAGCAGAGGAUGAAUCUGGAGAAAUUUGACUUUACUUAUUUGGCUCUUCUUCUUCUUAUGCAGUAGGUAAAUAUUUACAAUUAUGCAGUGAUAAAUCUCAAUGAUAGAUGACACAGGAUAAUUUAGAAAUAUUUGUUGUUUACAGAGGAUACACCAUUGAUUUUUUGGGUUAUGAGAUUCAUUGUUUAGAGCUGAUAUUAAUCAACAAUUAAAGCUCCCCUGAGGAGUUUUCUGACAUUUAUGAAUUGACUGAAAUUCAUAUUGAUGCUUUUUUACGAUGUAAAACAUGAUCAGAAACAAGAUUAACAUUUUUUAUAUUCUGAUUUUUAAUGCCUGAAGCUCCUCCUCUCCCCUCCCUCUCUGCUCCAGCAAGCCCCGCCCACAAACAGACACUCCUGCUUGCUUAAAUCAUUUCAAUUAAAUUCAAAUAUAAUGCAGAUAAAUACUUUAGAUAAUUACAAAUGGGGCCCAGUCAACGUGAAAGUAAAAAGCAUUGGUGCUACUGUAGAUGCCAACAGACUACCAGAAAACACAAUGUUUGCAGGACUUCUACAACUAGGAUAAAGUGACAUAGUCCAGGACCCGAGGUAAACAGUUUAGCGGCGCUACAACACGCUACAGCAGGUCCUGUUUGACAAGAAACACUUCUGUUACAGACACUUGGCUUACUUUGUUCAAGCGGUUUACCUGUCCAGCAGAAAGGUUACAGGGUCUGUAAGGUCCCGAAGCGUCCCCCAUUGACCCGGCUUUUUAGCUCUUGUCCGGCUUUUUAAGCACCCGUUAUUCCGCCAGUCUCCGGUAUUUAGUUUGUUUUCUUGCUUGUGUUGGCAGUCGUGGUCAAAGGAGGAUUCAGACAAUUUUCCAUACUUUCUGGUUGGUUUCUACUGUCUGAUAUUGUAGCACGCUAACUUUGUUUGGGCUCGUGAACAACACAGGGGAGCAGCGUCCGCCUCACAACCAAUUAGGAUGUGGGAGGUGGGGAACGGCUUUGUUUACAAUCAGAAAGAGCGAAGCGCAACAAUUUUAAAAUGUUGAUGACACAGACAUAAAACACAGCGAUAUCGUUAUAUUACCAAAUGUCAUCAAUGACUAAUAGCUAUUGACUGAUAUUAGAAGGUUUUUUCGUAUAUACACCACAAAAAAAGAUGCUUCUUUAACAGAUUCCUGCGUACCCCACCUUUAAAUAUUCACAAUAAACAAUACACUUGACUGUCAGGAUGAGAGGGCAAGAUCAACAAAGACUGCUUUGUCCAAAGGGGGCGCCAAAACUGACGCAAAACCAGAUGUUCCUUACAAGAGCUUUAAAGAGACAUUAGCCAAACAGCUUAGUUAUUCAGUGCAUGGUAGUUUCAGGAUGUUGCUCACAAGACUUGUGUGCUUAGGUACCCCCUGAGAGCUGCUAGCGUGAUUACUUCUGUUCCAGAUACAAUCGUCAAAAUAUCAAAUUUGGUAUUGUUCUUGAUUGGCGUUUUGUAGAUCUCACCCCAGAUUUGCAGGCUUGUUAAGACACACAAGGGUAUCAGACUCUUAGAGAAACAACAAAAGAGUUUAUUGAGGUUACUUGUCUGGAACAAGGACUAAAAGCCCGCCCUGACCGGGAUUAAUGGUAAAAAACACGAGUGUACAUCUGUGUCCUCUCUGUCUGUCCUCCCUGUCGCCCUCAGAGUGCAGGAGAUAAAAUGCUUUUGCACAUAUUCAUGAAUAUUAAUUUAACUCCGUCUGAUGUGGGGGACGAACAGAACGCACAUAAACUGCAGAUGGAUGCGGAUGCUUUUAACAUUGUGUAACACAUAAAGUAAUGUAUGAUACAAAAGAGGGCAUGAGGCCUGUGAUUGCUUUUUUAUUUAGUGGGACACUCAUUUUUGAAUGUGUGACGGUCAAAGUAAUACUGAGCCAUUUUUGUCAAUUUUCACCAUAACUGAGUCUCUAUCUUGGUUUAUUAUGACAAGAGGACGACUAUUUGUAUCAUCAGUAUACAUAACAGCAGUAGCGGUUAUUAAAAAGACGUAUAUUUUAAGAUGUAUAAACGGUUCCUGGCCUGUGAAUAAUACAAGCUUAUCCUUCCAGCUGUCAGUCUGAAUUUGAAUAAUUUAUACAUGGCAAUAAAUAGAAGCCGAAUCUCUAGCACCGGCUUGAAGAAUUGACACUUGAGAAAUGGGAAAUUCCUCUUUUUUUAUUUUACUCAUAUCACAGUGACGUUAAUAAAAUCAACGGUAGAAGUCUCCUCUUGUUAUGCUUGUCAUCUUUCUGUGGAUGGAGGUCUCACCCGAUCACUCAUCACCCCGCUUUCGGCUGCACUUGUCACACUGUGAUUUCUGGAACCGAUAAGAGCUCUGAUUGAACAUUUGUUUGGGCUGUAGCGAGGACGGCUUGUAGUUGUUCAUUUUGUUUCUUUUUUUACGGUUAAACACCUCCCCUGGUCAGGGACCGUUGGCUGGAGAACAGGGCAGAGCCGGGCCGAAACAAAGAAGUGAUUUAUUAAGGAACGAUUUUUAUUUUCUGUGAAUACUCUCCUGAUCAGAGCUGAUCACAAAUCAAUGUCCACUGGCCUCAGUGGGCUGUAAAAGACGGUUGUAUUGGUGGUUGUACUCAAUCAUUUUAUAAAACUGACCUAGGUUUUCUUUUUAUUGAAAAUACAUGAAAUAUGACUCAGCUACAAGGUUAGAGUUUUUACUGAGUCAUUAUUAAACAUAUACCCUUCUUUAUUUUACAACCUUGUACUGUUCUUUUCUCUACCUAGAACAAUAUAACAUUUAGAAACCAGUAGAUGAUGUUGCCACAGCUACCUUCAAGUUUUAUACAGCCGUAAGGACCUUACACACUGGAAACGACGCAAAUAUACGACGCGAAAUUAAGAAAUAUAUGGCCAGUACCAGAUGAGCACAUUAAACUAUAAUCCAUAAACGUAAGGUAACAACUGAGACCUAAUGGUGCUGUGACAGCAACACGAUUGAGUUUGAGACAGUGAAAAUACAUAUGGUAUGUUGUAUCUGAACAGGUUAGCUUACGAGCUAAAGUUACUUAGCACAGAUGAAAGUUAAAACAAAGAUGUUUAGCAAACUGUUAAAACACACAAACCAUCGUCAUAUGAGAAAUCCGACGCUAUGACUCUCCACAAGUUGUCCUUCAGGUCGUUAUCUUUGUAAUAUUUGUGUUUUUUAUCAAAAAGCACUCUGUUCUCCGACACGUAAACAAUCAGCCGGUCGGCCAUGUUGGAUAUACCGGCUAAUCUGACGUUGCAACAACACGAAAUCUGAUUGGUCAGAAGUGGACACACAGUAUGCGAAACUUUAGAAAAUCCGACCGUGACGCAAAAAAAUAAAUGCCGCAAUAUCACAGGACGGGAAAACGUAGCUGAUGUGAAUGCUGUAUUGACAGGAUACAGGUUCGAAAAAAAAUAUUGUUGCCUGAAAUAAUCGCACGAAAAAAUGCUCCCAGUGUGCAAAGACCUUUAAUUUCUCGUUUUGAUUACUUUUUUGCACAUCAUAUUGGAGCCACCUCUCUCCUGGCUGUGUCUCUGUUUCACUCUUUAGUCUUGCGGGUGAAAUGUAUCAAUCAAGAGCUUCCACGGAUCACCACAUGUCAUGUAAACACAGCCCUCUUAGCUGUGUUUGUUGAUAAUUUGUUCUGGCAUCGAUACUUUGGAUGUGAUAGACAGGGAAGCCUUUGGCAAAGACGAUAAAUGACUUCUCUUUAACGAUUACGAUGACUAACAGUAAGUUUUAAAUAAUAAACUGAUGGUUGUGCUUAAGUUAUUAAAACACAAGAGCCUAAUGAUGUUAAUAUAGAGUGGGUUUGCAGCAGCAAAAUGACAUCUACUUUAAUGAAGUAUUAGAUUGUCACAUUAAAUAUAUUUGAAAAAUAAUCCAUAAUGCAAUAACUCACUCUAUAAAUGAAGAGCACUGAACUGAGGAGGCGCUUCAUGUUUUGUAUCAUAAUUAAUGCUUUUGGGUCGAUUCUGUAUGAUGACUGCUUUGUGGGGAAUUGAUUCACUUGUAAUGGCGUUGUUUGUAACUUGCAUCCACUGAACCCAUCAGCGAACCCAGCAGAACCAGUUUCAGGCUGCUUGUCUGACUGUGUUUGCUCUUGUGGCAGAUGUAGAAAUCAAGACAAAUGGCCCAGGGUUGGACCUCUUGAAUUUACAAUUCCCUCUUUCAUUGCCACCAGCAGCUGCAGGAAUUACAAUUGACAAAUUGUUCCUCCGGGUAGUUUGAUCUUUUAGUCAUGCAAGUUUCCCAGCGUUGUAUUACAUUAGAGUCAUUCUCCAUAUGAACUUUGGGUUCAGUAUUUCACCAAAAGAUGCAUGUCCUUGGAAACAGAGGCUGAGAUAUGAGAAUCCUUUCUCUAUUUUUGUCAUUUGGAAAGUUUUCAGAGGACUUUCCUAAGUGUUUAAUGAAUAAUGAGUCUUUGGAACCAAAUUUCCAGCCUCUCUUUUGCAGUCUUGUAAAAUAUAAAGUCCAAGAAUGAAUAACAUAAGCAGCUUUUGGAACAUGUAGUGCAACAAGCAUAUCGAACCAUCCAGGCAGACAAGUCUAACAAACCAUGACUGUGAAAAAUUUUCAGCUUUUGAUUUUUUUUCUGGUGACUUAGCGCAUAAAUAUCACAACUUACUUUAAUCUAUGAUUGUUUUUGUCUCUCAAACACAUAAUUGCACAACAAACCUGGACCUGGAGAGUGAUUUCUCUUCAAAUGUCUCCAAAAAACAUGAGACCUGGCUGAAUGAGCGACUCUGGAUAUCUUUAUGUGCCAAUGGCUGUUGGGUACACUGCCUCCUCUAAUCAUGAUGCUUUCAUUCUGUGUCUUUUUUCAGGGACUGUGCGUGCAGCCUAAAUGACGAAGUGGAACUUGUUCAAGCAUCAGACAACGCCCAUGGUCGCUGCUAAGCCAACGGGGGUCAGUGCCUUGACUAUGACUCCAGCCCCCGUCGCGUUAGUCUCCAACGAGAACUCCACCGAGCCGGUCAACAAGAACGAUGCCUUCGACGAGAUCAAAAACAAGUUCCUGAAUGAAAUCGACAAGAUCCCACGUAAGUGCCGAAACAGAACCCAAACCUGUCCAGAUCAACCGACUCGGACUGAUGUGACACAGAGCAAUGAUUUUAGGAUUAGAUUCUCUCUUUGGCUUCAGGCAUUGGCAGCCUCAUAAUGUCUUUAUUCAGUAUUGAUCACUGGCUGCCUUUCCUAAUGGCAGAGAAAUCUAAUUUGCACCCAAUCUAAUUGCUCACCUGGCACCUCUCACUAAAUAUGUUUGGCCUGAGACAUGACAUGAAGGAGGCUAAACGAUUGCUCGGUCAAAUGUCAAAGUAUUCACUUGUUUCUCUUGUCUCUGGAUUUGACAUAUAUUCUCCGGUCUGUACGCCCUUCUCAGUGCCGUCCUGGGCCAUCAUCGCCAUCGCCGUGGUCGCUGCUUUACUCAUCCUUACAUGCUGCUUCUGCAUCAUCAAGAAAUGCUGUUGCAAGAAGAAGAAGAACAAGAAGGGCAAGAAGGGGAAGGGUGACAUGGGGAUGAAGAACCUGAAAGGGGGAGAGGUAUGUUCCACUGUGAGAAGUCCUCUAGCGUCCGAGGGGGAUGGACACGUACACUGUAGGCGGCACAUAAACAGAAGCCUGCAUAUGACCUUAUUACUGUAUGUAACAGCUGUGAGGCUAACAGCAUCACACUGUGCUGGAAUAUAGAGAAAACAUGCAUGUAGUGCUACCUUUGACUCAGCUAAUUAUAUAAGAAACUGUAGUAACAUCUUGAAGUCCAGUUUGUAUAAAUCCUACGUAUCAUUAACUCUUUGAUUGCUUUUUAACCCGGUUUACUCUUCACAGGUUUUAAUCACGUUCUUUAUCCAUUCUUUCUUCUUUUUUUGUCAUUGAAUGUUUUUUUGUCACUGAUGUAAUUGUUGCUCUUUCUCUCACUAUGCUUUUUGGGAUCUGAGUGGAAAAUGACAGGACGGUUAUCUCUUCAUCCCCAGCUUUUGUUUUCAAAGUCAUUAAAGAGUAAAUUAUGAAAAUUAGAGGUUAGCACAAUGCUGUUGUUUUCAGGCCUGUAAUUAUCAUUUUUUACAUACAUGACGGCUGAUUUGACAAAUUAUGAUUAAAAAAAAAUCUUAUAAAAGGAGUUAUUUUAAAACCCAGGGGCCCUGCCGCAGGAGAUAUGAUUGUGCUAAUGAGCAGGCUCCUCUCUCUGUCAUUUUCCUCGCUCCCGUACAGCGUAGCUGACUGCAUUUGCUGUGAUGACCCUUCUUUUGGUGUCUGCUGUGAGUUCAAUCUCUUCCUUUGUCUCUGCUCUCCUCCUUCCUGCUUUGUGUCUUAUGUGUGCUCCGUGUAUCUUGACUGUGGUGGACUUCUCUGCCUACGGUAGGUCUGACAGCACGCGGCGCCCCUCUCUGGCCGCUCUGUGUAAGCGCAGACCAGGGCAGGGGGGGAGCGUUGGUGGUGGUGGUGGUGGUGGUUGAUGGUGAUGAUGGUUGGGGGUGGCGGGCUGGGCUUGAAAGGGGAGGGUUGGAUUGCAAUGAUGAUGACAAUGAGUGCUAUGGCUUCCUUAGUUUUUUGCAAGCUUAGGUGCUGCGGGUGCUUGAGGAAUCUAUGGGAGCGAUUAAGCUGCUUCGCAAACCCCACUGAACUGAUAUGCCGCACCAACUGCUAUGUCUUGAAAAUCCAGAGAUUGCAAUUUUCUGGCAAAAAAAAAAACAAAAAAAAAACAAAACAGAGAUGUGUCUAUGGAUUGAAAUGAACAUGAAACUCAUCCUAUGGUUGAGCCCUUGAAUGACGAGUGCACUCAGCAACUCACUAGAGAUCACUAACAUGCAUGUGCAAGGGGUAAGCUGGGUAUUUGUCAAAUAAUAGCUGGAACUUUGAAUAACUGAGAGCUUUGAGCAUGUUUCCACCAAGAUUGUGCAACAUAACCAAAAGAAACUGACAUCCCACGCACACAUUUCCUCUCCAAAGACAUAUAAAAGUUGGGUUUGAAAUUUACACGCUGAGCCACACCCAUGCAAACACGCUCCAAGUUCCAUGCCAAAUAAAGCUGUUUGUAUCCCUUGACAAAGACCAGCAUAUGCCCUUGCAGUAGGUACCAUUGAAUGGCCACAACUUGACUUGAGAGUAACUUUCCUGGAUGACCCAUGCUGCUGACAUACAAGGUGACAGCCAUCGACGCCCUCUCCCCCCUUGAAGCACUCGGGUCUCACUGAGGAGAAAUGGUGGGCCAGAAUGUUUGCCAACAUUUGCAGAUUUAGUAGAUUUAGAGUUAAAAGAAAAUAAAAAAAUUCUUUCUCUACAUUUUGCUUGAAGUAACUUAGCCAAGAGGGUGCAAUUAAGCCCAGAGAGUGGAGCAAAGGGCAAUACAUUCAGACGCACCAUGUCUUUUUCUUUGAACCCCCACUGGAAGUUUGACAACAUUUAGAAAUUUUCGAUCUUAGCAUGAUCCCUUUCAUGGAUGUGUACAUUUCACUCAGUAAAGGUGAACAGAAAUUUUUGGAGUUGACAAAAAUUUGCCCCCCCUCAGAGGUUAAAAAAAGCUUUUUAGGUAAGACGAUACAUUUACAUCCUCCAUCAGAAAGACACUCGGACCCUGCAUUGUGUGGCCUGGCAUGCGUGAAUGAAAAGCAUUUACCACAGUAAAGAUAGAGAAUGCCACAUGUACUGUAAGGAUAUUGUGUGCGAACGUGAGCGAGUCUGAGUGAGUUCUUAUGCAUGCAUGAGAGCCCGCAUGGAAGAAAAUGUGUGCGAGGGUACAUGCUGUACAGUAUGGUGUGUGCGAUGGGCGUGAUAGUGUGCGUAUUAUCUAUGUGUGUCUGUGUCUGUGUGCGUGUGUGCCUUGUUCCUCUUCCAGCUCAUCAGUGAGUAGCUGGACCCUCCAGUCUUACGAAGACAUCAGUGUUUUUUCAAGAAGGAAAGUAGGCCAUACUGAGAUCUUAUCAAGCUUUGUGUAACAUCCGGAAUAAAAUUUUUACUUAAAUACUCACGUUAGAGGAAAGCGCUCUCAUUUUUUUUUUUUAGAAAUCACCGGUUUCUAAGGAGACCAAAAGACUGAAGAGUAAUCUGGUUUAAUGUAAAGGAAAGAUGGAUGAUAACAGACCACUUGAUUCAUCUUCUUUAUCCUGCAGUGAAAGUUUUCAGGAGAAGUUAGUCAUCUGCAGAGUUUGAGUUUAAAGUUUAAACUGCAAAAAUCUGGACUUUGUUUGGAGUAAAUUGUAGAACAAAUCACUGGCCCCGUUUACAUGGGUCCAAAAAUCCUAUUUACAAUCAGAUUGAAAGGUCAAUCAGAUUCAAAAUGUCUCAUAUAAACACCUUAGCCAAUCUGAUUCACCCGGAUCUGAUUGUGUUUCGGGUCGGAUUGUAAAAGGUAGUCUACACCGAUUGAUAAUCCGCUCCAUAUAAACGGCUGAGUGGGGCGGAUUGGGUUUACAGAGAGGCUUGUUCAGUCUGCGCAGGCGCUCGGUAGUACGUAAGAGGCACGUAGUAACGUACGCAGAGCGUGCCCAAAUGAAAACAAACAUGGCGAACAAACAGAAAAACUGGACGGUGGAGUGUUAAAGUGUGUUGUUUCGUGCUACUGGCGAAGCGUACAUUUCUUGCUGUGUAACCCGGCUGGAUUAUACUUCUAUUAAACUUCAACACAUCGGGUUCCUUACUCUGCUCGGUUUGGUAACUCCGGCGGUGUCACACACAAACACGUCCGUGCGAAACUCUAAAACGGAACUAAAACAAUGGUUCCUGUUAACAAUUCCCAUUGAUACAAUACAAUACAAUUAGAUUCAGCUGGGGCCAUGAAAACACGGACUGAACGUGGAUCUCUUUACUUAAAGUCCAUGUAUACAGAUGGAAUCAGAUUCAUUUAAUCCGAUUGAUUUCAAUCAGAUUGAGGAAAACUACCCAUGUAAACGGGGCCAGUGAUUCAGUUCGCUACAACAAGGACUAAUCCUGGUAAAAUCCUAUCAAGUGUACCAGUGUAAACACAUUAAUGAGACUGUGAGAUUUUAGGAGGCGAUAAAAGCUGCACAGACGUAUUGUCUGGGCUGAAGUGAAGCAAACCUGUUUGUCAAACAGCUUACGCAUCAGUCUGAGGAUUUUUCAGCCGCAGUUUUAGAGGAAAGUGUCAGGAAUCACUGUGUCAGUGGUUUGAUCAAAUCGCAUCUUUCCCUGUGUUGCUGCGUCCUUCACUUCCUCUCAGUAAGGACGCUCUGCUGCUCGUGACAGCCUGGAUUUGAAAUACUGUACAUGAGGUGGAUAAAAUAACAAGAACACCUUGCACUAUAGAGCAAUGCUUUUGCAACGAGUACUUGAAUCGUCCACUUUCUUUCCCAAAACGAGCAAAUUUUGUUGCAUUUUCCAGAAUAUAACCCAUAAUAUCCUUCAGCCUGUUCACUUGUCACAUUAGCUCAUCUUUGCUGAUACAGCUUUCUGCUGUGUGGGAUAUGCUGUCACGAUUUUUAGGACUUUUUUUUUUUUUGAAAGAACUUAAUAUGACUCACUUGGGUUUAGUCAUUUCUGGGAUUUGUGUAGUUGUCUGUGUUGUUGCUUGUGUAACUGCAUUGCAGACCCCUCAAAGUUGAAAAUCCUCUUUCCUGUUAUGUUCCCGUUACUUUACCUGAUCCCUCUUUUUAUCACAAAUACAGGCAGCUACACAAGUGAGACAUAUUAGUCCAAAAAAUAAGAUACUAAAACAGUAAUGAAGAAGUUAAGAUCUGGGAAUCACCAAAGAACUUCCAGAGGUUUCUGCAUGGCUGUGGUUUUAGAUUGCGAUAUAUUGUAAGGUGCUCCCGGUUUUCUGUCCACCCCUUGUAUUUUGACUGUUUUUAAUCUGUUGUUUCUCACUUUCUCUCACUCUUUCUUUUUCUGUCUCUCUCCACUCUUUGCACAAUAAAAUAAGAAUACUAGAGAAAUUUUUAAGGCAUGUUACAGCUCAAGAGAAACCCCCUUUAAGCAGAUUUUAUGAAUACACAAGUUUAAGCUCACGAAGUAAACUAAAACAGCAAAUGGCGUCACCCAAGAAACAGUGAAAUCAAGUCAGGUUGCAACCGUGGUCAUCGAUGAACAGAUUGCACUAGUAACACCGGGGUGAGCGGGGGUAAGUGGCAGGUAGGUGCUGUGACUAACCCAACUGCUGAUGCCCUGGGUUUAGAGUUCAGCACAGCCGCCACCUCCCAGACGUCCGUCUCACUCCUUCUCCUGCCGCCUGCCUCCCCUUUUUUUGUCUCUGCAGAAACAACAGGAUGAUGAUGACGAAGAGGAGGAUGUGGAGCCUGGACUCACCGGAGACGAGAAAGAGGAAGAAGUGAAGGAGAAAGAGAAGCUCGGGAAACUGCAGUAUUCGAUUGACUAUGACUUCCAGGAGAACAAGGCAAGAAAUUAUAGAAGAUCUUCUGCUUUCAUUCAGUGUUCUAGUGUAGUUUACAUUAUUAACCCACUGAGCAAUAGACAGCUAUGAGAUGUCUAGUUUUUUUAGGCCUAAUUUCAACUGUUUAGAUUCUGUAUAUUUUUAGACAGAAUUUAGACGUUGCACUUUAACACAUUAUUCGAUAACUACUUAUUUCAAAAAGUGAGUGUGAGUUGCAUUACUGAUCUCCAAAUACUUAAACAAAAUAAUUAUGAUAGCCAUUAAAGGUGGGGUAGUCAGGAUCUGAGGGAGUGCCAGUAUUAGUAUUGGGAGAAAUCUUGAAUGUAAACUCUACCCCUCCCAACCAGUUUUCCCCUCAGCUCCUCCUUUUCCUUCCCUCUCCGCUCCACCAAGCCCCGCCCACAAACAGAUGCCACUGCUCGCUCAUAUCGUUCCAAUUGAAUUUAGAUAUAAUGCAGAUAAAUACUUCAGAUAAUUACAAAUGUAGCCCAUUCAACGUGGAAGUAAACUGCAUUGGUGCUACUGUAGAUGCCAACAAACUACCAACGAACACAAUGUUUGCAGGACUUCUACAACUAGGAUAAAGUGACAUACUUCAGGACCCGAGGUCUACAGUUUAGCGGGGCUGCAAUACGCAGCAGGUCCCGUUUGACAAGAAACUCCUCUGUUACAGACACUUGGCUUACUUUGUUAAAGCGGUUUCCCUGUCCAGCAUAAAGGUUACACGGCCUGUAAGAUCCUAAAGCAUCCCCCAUUGUUGUUGACCCGGCUUCUUAGCUCUUGUCCGGUCUACCUCCUUUUUAAGCGCCCACUAUCCCGUAGGAAUCUCCCGUAUUUACUUUGUUUUCUUGCUUGUGUUGGCAGUCGUGGUCAAAGGAGGAUUCAGACAAUUUUCUGUACUUUCUGGUUGGUUUCUACUGUCUGAUAUUGUAGCACACUAACUUUGUUUGGGCUCAUGAAGCCGGCUAGUCUAAACUUGGUCCAAAUCUAGAUGUCUAAAAAACUUUCAUUUUCAGACCUGUGGUAGCCUGAUUUAUGACCAAUCAUCUAGGCUACAUUUAGACGUCUAUUAGACCUCUUUUAGAUACAAAAAUGCUCAGUGGGAAGACGGAUCAUAUCAGCUGAUGCAUGUUCAUUACUGACUGCUGGUUAAGUAAAGGUCAAGCUAGUUAACACAGACUUCUUGCAAUACCUUAACGAAGACAUAAUCAUUAUUUAUUGACUGUUUCAUGAUUGAUCAACUGAUUGGAGAAUAUCUGGUGAUAAUUUGGAAAUCUGCCAAUAUAUAUAUAUAUAUAUACACACAUCUCAAAUUAACAGCUUUAUAUUGCUGGCAUACUGCUGGAAACAUUUUGCUAACCUGUUAGCCAAGCUACUGCUUUUGAUAUUGGUAUUUGUAUUCAUACGACAACAUCCAACAAUUUAAACAUAUGGCAGUGAUGAAAAUAACAAUAAAAAUAUGACAAAUACAGAAGAGGUAAAUAAAUAAAAAUUCCUAAUAAAAUAAAUACUUAAAAAGAUAAAUUGAACCAACAAAUUAGUCAACUAAUUACUGAGCAAUAAAUACAUAAAUUAAAAAAAAAAUCAUCUAAAAUAAUAGCAAUAAUGAUCAAUUACUAUUGAGAAUAAUAAGAAUAAAAAUAAGAAUAAGAAGAACUUUAUUGAAGUGAAAUUCAAUAAUAGUAAUAGUAUUAAUAUAAAUAUAAUAUUAAAAUUAUAAUAUAUGUUAUAAGACAUAUAUAAGACAAAAAUAUAUUAAUAUGUAAUAGUAUUUUAUUAGCUACCUUUACGUUAACUUUGCUGUGUUUCGGCUGGUUCCCAUACAAAUAAAGCUGAUAGCUUGCAAAGCUUUACUUCUACUGUUUGCACCAUAUAUUUCACCUUUAAAAUAAAUGAAUAAAUCCCACUCAGCAGCCCACGAAGUAGAGAAGUGCACUACUAUCUCAUAUCUUUGCUCCUGAUGACACCUGAUAACAGUCGUUUAGAGGGCUGAUAACACCUGAAAUCUGCUGAGGGAUUGCAUGGCGUGAGCUGCAGCAACUCUCACUAUUUAAUCUCAUACUUCCACUCCGCUCCCUCCUCAGCUGACUGUGGGAAUCCUGCAAGCAGCCGAUCUCCUCUCCAUGGACAGCGGCGGCACCUCCGACCCUUACGUCAAAGUCUUUGUGCUCCCCGACAAGAAGAAGAAGUUCGACACAAAGGUCCACAAGAAAACUCUCAAUCCUGUCUUCAAUGAGACUUUCACUUUCAAGGUGAGCUGAAACAUCACUCGGUCACCCUGCACUUAUUACUUAUUAAAAUAACAUGUGCGUCAUGCUGUUUGAUGGGAAGGCAGGACUCAUUAGAGGUCAAAUGUUCCCUUCUAUCUUGUGUCUGGCCCUGUAUCCUGGUUUCUUUCCUCUCUCCCACACACUCUCCAGUCCAGCAGCGAUAAAAAGCAGCAGACAUAUUGAAGGUGUCUGACGAGGAGCUGUGGUAGAGAAUCAAAUUAAAGGAGAGGGCCACCUCUGGUGCGCUGUGCCUGCUGACACAGCUCUAUGAAACACAAUUCGAACAGAUUUCCUCGCUCAAUGUGAGGCUAGUUCUGCUGAAGCUGCAUGUUUGGGCGAACAUAAGCUUCAGGCCGAAGUCAGAACCUGUGUUAAAAUACUCCUGAAAUGACUCGUGCUUUUAGUGUGCGAUACGUCCAACCCUAGAAAUGAGUUCAACAAGAUCAACCUCUGUUUUCUAGAUUCCCUUCCAGGAGAUGGGAGGAAAGACUCUGGUGAUGUCCGUGUACGACUUUGAUCGCUUCUCUAAACAUGAUGUCAUCGGAGAGAUCAAGAUACCCAUGAACACCCUGGACUUGGCGAAGCCAAUCGAGGAGUGGAGAGACCUGGACAGUGCAGAUCAGGAGGAGGUAAGAAGACUGUCUUAGCGCGCUGCUGUUCUGGUCCAUUACUUCUAUUGAUGUGAGCUAAAGAGAUGUAUGUCACUUCAUUCUUUGGGCAAGUAACACUAGAGAUGUCAAUAUUUGGGAGUUUUAGAAUUUAUUACAGGACUCAAAAAUGAUUGGCUGAUGUACCUCAAUUCAGUAUAGAUGUCUGUGUCAGGGGUAUACUGACAGAGAAAGACCCAGAGGACCACUACAAAAAUAUAUUCUAAGCAAUAUUUUCAUGGAUAAUGAAGCCUAAUAAGGUAACCUAGAGAUGAGAACCAAACUGGAUGAUAGAGAAUUAUUUUGCGGGUGCGUAGUAAUAGUAGUAGUAUUUUUACAAAACAGUAGCUGAUGAUAGCGCUGCAUUGUAGGUUCUUGAGGGACAGCUAAGAACCUACAGACAAAUCCUGUAACUCCAACAUGCUGCAAGAUUUCAGGUUAAACUCACUUUUUAUUUGUCCAUCCUACAACUUUGAUGCUUGGUACACUCUCACUUUUUACAUGUUGGUCUCAGCUGUCGAAAUAAAGUGAUUCAAAACUCAAAACUAUGAACCUCUCUCAAAACUCACAGAGCAGAACAGUUAGCUGGUGUAUAAAAGAGCAUCUAAAAGCAAACAGAAAGAAGUAUUUCCAUUAGGAAGAGGAAAAGAGUCCAAAGAUGAAACAACAAAAACACAUGACAUGACUUCUGAAAGUGCAUUCAAGCAAAUUUUUCUGCUUCAAGUUUAAAACUGAGACUCAGAUAUUGUUGAUAUGCCUGUUUUUGCCGCUAAGAAGCCAAAAAGGUUUAAUUGCAGGUUUAGAUUUCACAUUUAUGGCAUUCGACCUAUAUCUGUCCUGUGUACAACACUAUACAGUAAAAACCAAUUCGUCUUUCCUCUCAGUUUAACAUCCUUUCUGAAUACUUGUAAUACAACCUGGGAAAAGUUUAGAUGUGAUAUAGACUAAGACACUUUUCCACAGAGAGAAACUUGACCAGCUGACUCAGCUGAUGACUUCCAACAAAAAUAACCAAGGUGUCAACUUUGUCUGUUUACCAGCGUGAUUCAGAGGGCUGGAAGAAACACUUUUUUGUUUUCCUUACCAACUGCUCGGCCGUCUCCGUAUUUGUGCAGCCUGUUCGCUGUUUUUUAAAUCCUAAAGCUGCACUUGAUUCUGAAAACUGUGUGUAAUCAAUUCGACCUCCCAAGAGCACUUGUAAAGGAGAAAUACUCACACUUCAGAUGCCUGCAGGCUCAAAUAUUUCAUGUUCUUUUGAAAAUCACAACUAGGUGUAUUUAAGAAUGUCUCAGGGGUUAUUUCAAUUCAUGGUUUAUAUUUCAAAUGAUUAUUUUUGCAUUAGAAUGACUAUGAAAAAAUCCCUGCGUCAGACCUCCUCUAACGUUCUCCUCAUUUCACCCCUUCGCAGCCUGAGAAGCUGGGUGACAUUUGCAUCUCUCUGCGUUACGUCCCCACUGCUGGCAAACUUACCAUCUGUAUUCUGGAAGCCAAGAACCUGAAGAAAAUGGACGUGGGAGGACUGUCAGGUAUAAAAAUAGAGCUGAGCAUGAAAUAUUACACUUUAAUAUUAAAUUUUCACACUUGACACCACUUCUACGGAUACCACAGGGAGCUUAAUGUGAAAUGUGAAUGCUUGCAGCAGGACUGCAGUGUACGAAGCAGCGUGCCUGUGAGCACAGCCAUUAGGUCGGUCCCGCUCUGCUCACGUGCUGACGCUGCAGUGCUUACCAUGCACCAGCUCCUUCUCCCUCUGGCCUCAGCAUGAGCCCCAUCUGUUGGUGCAUCACAGCAUUGCAGCUCCAAACAUGCAUGUGCAAAGACAAUAAUUUCAUGUUUGUCCUCUUCUCAGAUCCAUACGUGAAGAUUAACCUGCUGCAGAACGGAAAGAGGCUGAAGAAGAAGAAGACGACAGUGAAGAAGAACACUUUGAAUCCGUACUACAACGAGUCCUUCAGCUUUGAGAUUCCUCUUGAGCAGAUGCAGGUAGGGACAAGGACUUACUUGGUGAAAAUCUGUGUUUUUCUGGAGAAUUACUGGUGUUUAAAAUCACUACAUUCACGGAAAGCAACACUUCAGCGUUUAUUAAACAUGACUGACCCUCUGACACUUAAACCACAGAUGGUUAUUGACAGCUUGAGCUCAAAAUGGCAACCCGCUGAUACGAGCCAUUUGUCACCUCAUCAUUCACUUAACGGUCAAGUGCAUUUAAGGACAAAAACAGACCUAUUCUUCGGCUCACAUAAGUGGAAGUAAUCACACAAAGCCCUUCAUAAUGUCUCAUUAGCAUUACAUGAAAGUGUGGCGGCCAUGUAAAACAAACAUAUCUCUCCAAGGAAAGGUCACAGUCAUUAGCAUGAAACAUAUUCUUGCUUAGUCAGAUACACUUGCUGGUAGUUAUUGUGAUUCUGUCGGUUUAAUAUAAGCAUUAUGGUGUAGAAUCUAAUGUUAUAGACUCUAGGUGGACGUUGUUUAAUGAGGAUUAUUGUUUGUUGUUUGACAGUAACACCAAAAUCCAUUCUCGUAUCUGGCUGUUAAACAUACUGCUACUCUUAGAAGCGACUAAACUUAGCAGGAAGCCUCGAAGUCUUGCUGUUACUGAGAGGCUGCCAGGCAAUCUACAAUACGUACACUCAGAGCUUGUGUCUGCUCUCCUCAUUGUUUAUGUGUUUGAUACAAACCCAAUACAGAUAAGCAGUUUUAAAAGUCUUUAAAUUGAAAGUAGCGCAACUUUUAAAACACCAUCAACCUUCUCAAUGACACUUCUAAUGACGAAGAAUUAGGGCACAUUAAGAAAAAAUUAAGACUGUAAUUACAAGAAUAAAGUUGUAAUAAAAUAAUUACUUGCGAGAAUAAAGUUGUAGCUAAUAGCUAUUCUAACCAGUUGUUAUUUAUGAUUGUUGUGGAGCAUUUAGAUGAAUCGUUCUUCAGUAGCAAGGUUUCACAAACAAGGAGAUAAAUCCUUUGGCGUUUCAGCAUCACAUUGUCAUAAGUAUCAGGACAUAUGCAAGAAACGGCUGACAGACAUGAGUAUUAAAAAAACAGAUGUACAAAAAUUUACUAAACCUGAUGCUCCACAUCCAAAAUCAGGGAAAGUUUGGUGUCAAAAUAUGACACACAUUGUCAAAAGCCCCUUGAAAUACAUCAUACUAGUUUGCGAGAAACAUGUAAUAAUUUCUACUGGUCCCAAACUGCUUAGCCUUGACCUUUGCAAGUGUCCGGGUGGCGUCAGAGUACAGAGGAGAGUCAUUAAUUGUUUUCUCCUUUGAUGUGAGCUUUAACAUGAUCCCAUUAAUGACAUUAGUGGUCACAGUGUCCACCAUUAAGAGUUACGCCUACAGUACUUUUGAAAAGAAACACUGAUGUUGUGCCAUCCUUACGUCUUUUCUGCAAUAAACUCUUAUGAAAUUAAGUUGGUUUUGCAGGGGCACCAAUAUGCAGAGACUUCAGUCCAGAUUCAAAUCCAGAUUCUGAUCCCUUUGCCUCAUGUGUGCCUCUGCUACUCUCUCUUUCCAGUUUCCUACUCUAUCCACUGUUCCAUCUCAAACUAAAGGCGUAAAAGCCCAGAAGUAACCACAGAGAACAGAGUUGUUUUUCUAAAAUAAUGAAAAGAAAAAAAUCACAUUUAAGCCAGACAUUGUCCAUUUUGGCACUGCACUCAGUCCCCACCACAGAAACAAAGAUUCCCGAGGGCGCUGACACCAGCCACCAUGACGCACAUCCAAACACUGAGCAUUAUUCACCAUCAACCUCUAAAGCUUGCCUGGAGUAUUUGAAUAUGAAUUUGCACAGAAAACCUCCUUCACUGAAGCAGAAUUGAUGAUUUUGGAUAAUCCUGUGAGAAAAGGCAAACAUCCUACUUUUUUUUUCCCUUCCCCUUUUUUCUUAGAAAAUCCAAGCUGUGAUCACAGUGCUGGAUUAUGACAAGAUUGGCAAAAAUGACGCCAUUGGGAAGAUCUGGGUGGGGAGCAAAUCCACAGGAGCCGGCCUCAAACACUGGUCCGACAUGCUGGCCAAUCCCCGCCGUCCAAUCGCCCAGUGGCAUCCACUGCAGCCAGAAGAGGAGGUGGAUGCCUCCCUCGCAGCCCUGAAUGCCAAGAAGUAAACUCCCACCUGAAAUCCCACCUCCACCUUACCUACCCAUGCAUCUCCCAUCAUCCUCUCCGGGUCCCACAUAUCAGUGUAUAUUCCAGAAGAACACCCCUGACUGUACAUCUGCUCCCUCCACCCCCUUCCUACUCCUCCUCCUCCUCCUCCUCCUCUCUCUCCUUCCUCUCCCUCUGCCACCUUUCAAAAGAUCCAUGAAUACCAUUCAACAUGAUGGGAAAUAUAGUUUAAAAAAGCAUCAUGUGAAAAAGAAAUCAUGUCAUUGAAAAAAGAAGACAAGUCACAGGAUGGACAGAUACUCCGUUGAUUUCCUUUAGAUCUAUUUUUGUAUUGGGGUUGUGGUUCCAUGAAUAAGAAUACAGAGUAGACUAUGAAGAACAGUGAGAGUGCUAAAUGGGAAUCUGGUGAUAGAGGGGAUAACACAAACAUUCACCCAUGUUGUACUUCUCACCCUUUCCCUUUAGUGACACAGUUUGCUUAGAAUAGUGCUUAAUAAUAAUAAUAAUAAUAAUAAAAUGCUUUAUACUGCCAUAUAUGAUAGAGAAAUAACACAAGCAGGUCCAUUCCUUAGGUGUAUUUAUUGUGCACCAUGUUCCACACCUGCCAGUUAUCAUUCUAGAUGAUUCUGUUUGUUUGACGUACAUUCCUAGAGUUGGGUAGCGAGUAGGGAUAGGCACAUAUCCAAGUUACCCACAAACACACUGCCUUGUUUCGAUUCGUUGACCUUCCACCCAUCGUCUCAGGAAAACUGAGAGGAAACCGAAGCUCCAUGCCUUUUUUUCUAAACGGGUUGUUUAUCAUUCGAAAUAUAUUCCAAGAUACGAGAAACCGCUGGGUUCGAGAAGCUUGAGCGCUUGUUUUUUUUAGGGUGACGUAAGGCUCAGUUUAUCCAUGAAAUGGUACGUCAGGGAACAGGGAGGGAUGGAUUUUUCGGUUGAAGAAAAAAAAAAGUGUGUGUUUUUUUUUUUUCGACUGGGAGUGUUAUCCGAAACAACAACAAAAAAAGCGGGGAAAAAUCAGAGCAGGUUCAACAGAGACUGAUUCCACCCACCAAUGACAUGAUAUUUACAAGGUGUCGAUUACUGCCUGCAGUCUACCACCUCCCCUCCCAACGCCUCUGAUUCUGUAUCUCACUUGUUCAGUGCUACUGCCAUUAGUCAUGGACUUGACACAAGGAUUUUACUUAAAAGAAAAUCCCUAUAACCGUCUUACAGUCAUAAAGGAGACAAGCCUUCAAAGUAACAAAAUAAGCAAUUUUCAACUACCAGGGACGCCUUCCAGUUAAGCGGUGUUGUUCUCUUCAUUUUUCCUUUUUCUAUUUCUUUUUAUUUCUUUAUUUAUUUCGACACUUUUAUUCCUCAAGCACUUUAAAUCCAUAUGUUGCGUUUAAAGUACCCUCAGAAACCAGAGCUUUAAUUAUUUACUUUGGAGAUAUCAGCUGGUUAUAUAUUUGAAAAAAAAAAAGAAAGAGCAAGGGCGUGUAUUAUGUCAGCUGUUUUUUGUUGCUGUUGCUUUUUCCUGUAUGUAUGUGUGUGUUUUUGAUUGUUUGAAUAAUCGGUUUCUCUCUUGAUUGCAAAGACACGGUCUGGAAGGAGGCACUGAUCCAUGUGUACUUUAUACACAGCUUACCAAACUGUUGAAUUUAAUUGCACUACUGGGUAUUAAUGAUCCUGUUCUGUAGUAAUCUGACGCUGUUCUCUGAUCUGUGUAGUUUUUUUUUUGUUUUGUUUUUAUUGAUCAAAUGUUGUGAGAUUGAAUAUUUCUGCGGCAUUUGCUAAACAGUUAAAGGAGACGAGUUUCAGUCCAAUGCUGCUUUCUUUAAGGUCAACAUCCUGCUGAAGAGAAAUUCUCAUGAAAGAACUUAUCAGCUCUGACUAAAUUGGUGAAAGCUUAAUUCUAAUUAAAAUCCAGAUAUGCAUCAGUGCCGAGUCGAUAAUUAAUAUCAGUGCUGCCCGUUGAAAAUGCAAAGUCAAUGUAGAUGUCACUGCGGUUUUUUGGGGUAAUUUUAUGAAUGUUGGCUCUUGUAUCUUCCUCUGUUGGAAAAUUGUAACUUUUUAUUUUUGUAAAAAUCAACCUAGACCAUGUUUAGAUUUCCGUUCCUCAUCUCACAUUAUCUUUUUAUCUUCCGUUUAAUGAAGCAGCACUAAAGAAAAAGGCAACAUGGAAGCAAUCAAGCAACCCAUCGGUGUGUAGUUUUGCCUAUAUACAUAGUUCAUACACGUUGAUACUGCAUGUUUAUACAAAAAUACUGUACAUAAGAGCAUGUUUUAGAGACAAAGCAAAAAUAUCUCGUGUACGUAAAUGGGUGUCAUUUGUCAUUUUAAUAACACGAAGAAGGGAAAAAAAGAUGCACUGUAUAUUUUCUAAAUGAAACAAAUGUGUAUUUAUUUUCCAUGAGGGUCAUUGGAGAGAAUGUCAUACAAAUAUUAGAGUACUACUACUACUAAUAAGAAAACCUUUCCACGCCUGAAAUUCUUAAGCAAGUGUGUCGUCCAGUACUGUGUGUGAGUUCAUGUAGGAUGAAAAUGUAGCCGCAUGCUUGCUAGCUAAUUCCUUGUGAUCCAAAUCUUUAUUUUUCUGCCAUAUUUUUUUUUUUUGUUACAGCACUUAAUCUGAAGGCUAAUGUUUGACUUUGAUUACUUUUUCAAAAGAUGUGUUUUUUUUGGAUUUUUACUGUCUGGGAUGGUGGGAGGGGGUCUCCAAGUCUAUACCAGAACUUGUUUUUCCUAUAAUGACAGAUUUGGCUCUUUGAAAAAAGAAGAAAAAUCACAUUAAAGGAAGUUGAAUAAUUCAGAAAUCCGUGGGUGGGUUGCAAGAGUUGACAUUAAUGCCAGUACUGAUACAGAAUCAAGUCUGUUGGACCUUAUCUUUGUAUAAAUGUGUCUCCAGGGGCCAAAAAUAUGAGUUCUUCUCAUUCCAGUGAACACAAAUGACUUGGAAUCCCUUCUUCUCUUUCUUCUUCUUCUCAUGGAAGUUGAUUUCUUUAAUUUUUUUAUUUCCCACUUCUAUAUUUAAAUGACCUGAAACCCUUCACGGCUGUGUCUCUUUUACUGUGUUUAUUAUACAAUACGUGUAUGUGUAUACAAGAUAAAUGAAUAAGAUAAAACUAAAGCCAUAAAACUCAAGCACUAACUCUUUAGAGCUCAGCUGAGUAGCUAGAGUUUAUUUAUGAAGACAAAAAAAAAGAAAAAAAAAUCCAACAUGUCUGCGGUUUUCCUCGGCCAGUGUUUCUCUUUUACAUUCCGUUCAGAGGUCUCUGUUCAUCAAGAGGGCGAAAUCCAUUUUACUGUAUAUGUGAGCAUUGAGAACAGUUGUGUAGAGCGAGUGUGUCUUUUUCUACUUUCCAAGCCGUUGAUGUCCUUGUUUCAUAGAGGUAGCUGAUUUUACAGUAUUGUGAUUAGUAACGUAUAUGCCUUGUUUUGAUAGUAUAAAUAAUAGAUCUAAUAUCACACAAUAGGUUCUCAAUAAUACUGCUAAAGUUAUAUACAUAUAUACAUAUACAGAUAUAUGACAGUGUGUUCUAUUAUUUGGGCUGAGUGCAAUUACUGAACCAAACUAGGCCACUCUUUCAAGUUUCUCCUCUUUGUACAAUCAAUAACACACUGAUGGUUAUUUACUGCUCAUGCUGUUUAGCGGCAAAACAAACACGGUUCGAGAUUUUAAAGAGCGACGGCUAUAAAGAAAGAGGAACGUCAAAGAUUUAGGCCUGAAUCCCUUCCAUAGAACUAUGCAUUGAGUCAUGAUUUCAACAGAUUCAAUACAUAGAAAAGGCGUAUUAUGUCAAGCACAUGAUAUAAAGUUUAAAAUGUCCUUUCAAGUUAUUUGCCAAGGAAUGAGAAAACGAACACAACUCGCGCGAGUGUGUGUGUGCAGUAAAUAUAGCCAAAGCUUGGAGGUAAAAAGAUUUUAUUCUAGGCUAGCUCACAACUCAAAAAACACAUAAAAAGCGGUAUUACUCUUCUUGUAAGACGGCGAAUAUUUCCCCAAAUCUCUCUUUCCUUUCGAUUCACCUCAGUUGCCAAUUUUUUUUAAUGAAAUCAACUUAAAACUGCCAUCGAACCCUCCCGGCAACAAUCCUCAGUGCGCUGCGUCGAUGCGGCGCGCUGUCUAAUGCAAUAUUAUGGUAAAUCACUGUCCCAUCAAUGCUACCGACUGUGACCAAAUAAUGCACUGAGAACAAUUCACAUACAAGGUUUCAGUGUGUUUUUCAGAGAUACUGCCAGUACCCGAUCACAGCUGCCUGCAUUCGUCAACACUGUUUGAAACCCGCACAGCCAAAAUAACAAUUCCUGCAGAGGCAAACAGAACGCAUCAAGUGACUGAUGAGGCAGCUGUGAUUUCAGGUGAACUUAUAGCACAUUUUACAGAUUUUUUUUUCUAUUUUUUAUGGUAUUUUCUUUUACUGCUUGGGUCACAACAGUCACAUGACCACCUGAGUUCUAUGGGGGACAGAAACUGGGAGAUAAAAAAAUGCAGCGUAGGCCUUUAAAAGCAGACCCGGUGCAAAAAAAAACACAGCACUUACCUAUUAAAGAUACAAAAUACAGUACAGGUCUGCAUGUAUGGGACACAUUACUCAUUCUUAAAUGUGCAUCUAUGUGUGUGUGUGAUGCUCAAACAAUCCCUGUUUUAUUUUGAAAUAAGGGGGUUUUCUGUUCUGUGUCGAUGUUCUAUACCUUAUGCACAACUGCGCCUGAAACUGUGGGGUGUUUCAGCUGUGCAGGGAUCGUUUAAAAAAGCACCGUUAACACCAGUCUCCUUUUCUUUUUUUUUCUUUUUUGGGAACAAACAGUGGGAUUUAAAAAAGUGAACUCAGUCGAUCAUUUUCCCACCCUGUCAAAAAGUGUUUAGGCGCCACUUUGAAACACGUUGUCUUGUCUCCUCUAUUACUCGCUGUAUUUCUUCUUUGUAUUCUUGUGCAUAUGUGUAAUCACUCCUUCUUGUCCUUUUCUUUUUGUUGUGAUGUACGCUGUUAACGUAGAGUGUAGGUCUGUACUUGAAUCAAAAGCCAGAAUCACGUUUUUGCUUUUUUCUGUUCGCGUCUGUGUCCUGUUUUCAGUGUAACCAGCUCUGUUCCAUCAGUAUCAAUAAGAAGCAGGCUCGCCGAGUCCUCCUCUGAACCUGCUUCUGCUGAGCGUAAAGAAUGCCGGCCUUCAUGUUUACAACAUGGACAUACUGUAUACUGCCAAACAUGCAGGACCGUACCAAACUCCCCUCUUGAGCGCUUAGUCCUCCACCUCUUCUCCCCUUCCUAAUGCAACUGUACUCUCAAGACUCUUUUUUCUCUUUUCAUUUCUCACACCUCUUUCUCUUCUUCUUCUUCAUCCUCUUUUAAAAGCGUGGGAGGACGGUCAGGUUGUGUCCUCUAGCUGUGUUUCUUCUUCGUGUCUAGUGUCGUGGUGCGCGUGUUCAUGUCAGUACUUGUGCCUACUGUGGAUCGCAUGCUUUAGCCCUUGACUGGACACAAACGUUGCUCACAAACUCCUCUUGACCCUUAUGUGGACAAACGUUGGGGAUCCUUAUAAAGUUAUCAAGGGAACCAAAUAACUUAUUACAAAUUUAUCAUAUGUGUUAACAGUUCUGUAAAAAAAGACAAAUAGGAAAUAAAGGCCUUUUAAUUACCAUGAC